AGAAGAGAAAAGAAAAAAGGAGGCGCGCGCGCGCACGCGCUCAGAUGCCAAGUAAAGUCGCCGCGCGCUGGCUUUCCGCCCCCGUCGUCCGGCGCAUGCGCUCCCCGCUUCGUUCCCCUCAGUCUGUUUGAACAGGAAGGCGGACAUAUUUGUGAGAGUCUGCCCUCCUUGACUAGCUGCUGAGGCAGCGGCGGGGCCUCGCCGUUCUUCUCUUCGCCUCGUUCGGUCCGGCUUCCCUCACGACUUGGGAGCAGCGGCUCCUCCUCCGCCGGUCGCAGCUGCGGAACAGGGGCGGCAGCAGCAGAAGGGUCGAGCGGAGUCGGGAGUCCAGCGGCCGCACCAGCUUCUCUACCCUCCACCCCACCCCACCCCCAUCGCCCGCCCGCCCCGCGAGAGAGAGACGUGAAGCCCGGCGGAGUGCGAGGGAGCGCGGCUGCUGUCGGGAAAGAAAGAGCGGGGAGGAGGCGGAGAGAGAGAGAGAGAGCGGCGCAGAGGCGACGAGCGGCCGCGGAGGACCCGAGGAGGGGGGGAAAGGAGGCGCGGGAAGGGAAGAUGCCUUAGCCGUUACGCGGCCGUUGCUGGAGCCGCGCGUGUCCAGAGGGCAAGGCGGAGGCGGCCGCCCUUCUCUUUCUCUCUCCCUACCCCCACCGCCGUGUCGCGGCCUAUUCUGCAGCUGGCAACCUCCCCCCGCUGCUGCAGCUCGGGCAAGGGAGGCCAAGCCGUGCCCUCCUCCUCCUCCCUCAGGCCCGCGUCUUCACGAAGGGAGCUGCCCCGCCGCCGCCGCCGGUGACGCUCUGCUGAGAAAGUUUCCUGUUUUCAUGCUAGGCCUCUCCUCUCUCUUUUUUCCUCUUUCCUCCCCUUGUUUCAAAGAAGUUGCUGCUGGGUAGCUGGCAUCGGAGAGGAGGAGGAGGAACCGCUACGCUGGCUGCCAGGGCGGCUGGGAAAAUGUGGCUGCAGAGGCACGGGGGCCCAGGCUGGAGGCGAGAGGAGACUGGCAGGGCUGUGGCUGCAGCCUAGGCGCUGAAGAAGAAGGGGCAGCGGGGAAGGACUGCUCCGCACCCCCCCAGCCCCCCUACAGGAGGGGGUAGCGCCUUCGCUCCCGUUUUCGGCUUUAGCUCUCUUUCGCGCGAGGAUGUGUGGCAGGGAGAGCAUGAGGGACAACCCCAGCGCAUCCCCAGACCUCCUUUGAGAAAGGAGGACUAGGAGAGCAAGCUCAGGGAGCACUCCUGUUUCGUUUUUUUCUUUUCGUUUUCUUCUGUGGAUUAAUAAAGCGAUCACCUCUUCAGCACCAUGUCGACGGGAGAAAGCUUUGACUCUCGGUUUGAGAAAAUCGGAAUGAUGAUAAAGGAUCCCAAAUCUGAAGUGAACUCGGACUGCUUAUUGGUGAGUUGUAUGUACUACUGUUUUUGAUAAACGAACAUUACUCAGACUCCUCCUUAGAGAAGAGAGCUUCCUCCUAAAGGUUUUGCUUUUUUAAAGCUUACUGAUGUUUGCCUUCUAAUGAAGAGGAAUAAAUGUAUUCUGUGUGCUAUGUGAGAUCUGUUUUUCCAAGAGGCUGCUGCUCAUCUCCUUAUGUCUUUCUUUAAGCUGCUGCUUUGCUUUCACUAUUUGAUAGGCUGCAGUAGUAUUCAAAGAUUUGAGUUAAUAUGCUGCAAUAAAAAAUGUUGUUAGGUGGAGAUCUGCUUUUAUGCUGCAGCUGUAACCCAGGAAAUCCUGUUGUGUGAAGAUUUGUACUUCUAAGGGAUAUGUUAAGAGUGACUUGUUUUUGUUCCCACCCACCAUAUUCUGGAAAAUGUGGCUAAUUAAUCACUCAUCUAAUGUAUUACCUCUGCUGAAUAGUGCACAGUUAAACUGUGGGUUUCUAAAUCUGAAAGUAAAUGAAAAUAUUAUUUCAUUCAUACAUGUGAAAGUAAACAAAUACCUUAAUUCAAGACAUGGUAGAAAAGUGGCAGGAAUGGUGGCAUCAAAAGUAAGCACAGAGUUGUACACACAAUUUUAUUUGGCUUGUUCAGAGUACAUUUAAGAGGCUUUCAGCAUGGUUCUAUGCAUGCCUAUUCAAAAGUAAGCUCCAGUGAAGAGCUUACUUCCCAUGUAAGCAAAGGCUUUGCUUUUGAAUGAAAGUGAGUAUCUUUGAUUUAGUAGGCAGUUCCUUGUAAAAUUUCUUCUCUGAAGCAGACUGUUUUUAAAGCAUUUUGACAAAACUUUUUAAUACUCUACCGAAGAAGAAGCAGUAGGACUUCUCCUUAGUGCAUAUAAAUUUUCUAGUGAUUUUUUUGUUAAGAAUUGCUCAGUGUUUCAUUCGUGUCAUUUAAGGGCUUCAUUAAGCUAGAAUACAACUUUAUCAUAGCUUCCCAGAGCCAACUAGUGUGGGAAGCUUAUAUGCACAGCAGUGGUUGUUGGGUGUAUGGUAUAGCUAUAUAAAGGACUCAGGGGAUUUCAAUAUUGUGACUGACUUGGGUCCCAAAUAAAGACAGGAUUCCACUAGCGAGUUUUCUUAAAUGAAAAAAAUUGGCAACCCAUGCCAGUCAGAGGGUUGUAAUAUGUAAAAAUUUAAGAGAUCAUUUUUUUUGUCCAUUAUAUGCAUGACAUACAUUUUAUAAUGUAUAUAAUAUAAUAAACUGGAACAGAGGUAGGCAGGUAUAUCAGCUGGUAUUGAAACAUGGUUCUCCAAGUAGAAGUUACACUAUGUGGACUAAACACAUACUGAGGUUGGCCUAAGAAACUUCUGUAUAGACUCUAGAAUCCAGUGGUUAACUUCCUGUUAGGGCCUAUUGACAUGAUCCUUUCAGCCUAGGGAAGCUGCACUUUUGUAUUGGUUCAGAUUGAUACUUAGCUACAUGAGCUGAGCCCAAUAGUAUAAUAAACAUCAGUGGCUAUGUUUGUACAUCUCUAUAAGCCAUAAGCCAUGGUUUACCAUGCAUAAGCAAAUUGUGCCAGCUUCACUCUUCCUGUUUUUGCCAAAAGGAAAAAAAACCCAUGCAGACAUGACAAUAGUGUGAUGUAUUGAACUUGGGAUAGAUCAGUUAGGGUACUUAAUCAUAACUGCAGCUUUUCAACUUAGUUUGUGUGAACAGUUUCUGUUAUAGUUCUAGAAUAUGUAGGCAUGGGAAUCUCAAGGCAUGGUGAGGUAUGUGAUAUUAAGGUGUAGGAGAGCAUUUUCAAUGUUUGUUUGAGAUAAAGCUAGAACUGAUGGAAACGGUGUAAUUCACACUGAACCUUAUCUAUAUUUUGUAGUCAUCUUAUAACAUUUGUGUAGUGAUUAUAGACCUAUAAUUUAAUUAUAAUAGACAAAGUGGGAUCCAUAAUCUUUGAAAAAACAUUAAGGGAAUUCUGUAAGAAAUAGUAGAUCAAAUAUUUAAGUAGAGUCCCUCCCUACAGUGGCCCCCUCUUCCUUCCUUCUUAAAUAAGGCCUAUGAUAGCUGUGGAUUAACCUCCAGACAUGGUAAAUGGGUGGGAGAGAUUUGGAAUCUGUUGCAUAAUAUUGGCCUUUGCUGUGCUACUUUUUCUGGUUAACUUUGAAGCAGCUACACGGCUGACUGUUGUUGCUAAGCAACAGUCCUACAUAUCUUCAUAUAUUUUUUCUUUUCUUAUAAGGCAGGGCACUUUUACAUACCUCGUCCAUGGGUGUUGUAUGGGCAAUUCAUGUGGCAGUACGUGGCAACUAAAUGCCCCUAUUGCAUGCUUGUGGAUAAAGGCAAUGAAUGUUUUCAUGUUUGUGAUAAAAACAUUUAAAACAGGCUUCCUCAACCUCGGCCCUCCAGAUGUUUUUGGCCUACAACUCCCAUGAUCCCUAGCUAGCAGGACCAGUGGUCAGGGAUUAUGGGAAUUGUAGUCUCAAAGCAUCUGGAGGGCCGAGGUCGAGGAAGCCUGAUUUAAAACAUUAUUCUGAAUCAAGUAGAUAGCCUUCAUGGAAAAACAUUUUCUAGCAUUAACCACAGAUUGGUAAUAUGUAAACUAGGCCUUAGUAUUUAAUUUUGGGGCAAUGGCAGGAAAUGUGUAUGGGACAUACUGAAUAUAGGAAGUUGAGUCAAACUAUUAGUCCAUCUUAUUUAGUAUUGUCUACACUGACUUGACAGCCAUUCUCUAGGGUUUCACACAGCAGCCUUCUUCACCCAUACUGAGAGAUAACAAGGGAUUGAAUCUGGGAGUUUAUAUAUGCAAAACAUGUGUUCUUUCCCUCCAUUACAGUCCUGAGUGGUACAGGUAUGUCCAAAGUCUGUUUCGGGGGUUAAAUCCUAAAAAACCCCUCAGCAACUUCAACCUUAAAAAAAGCUCAACAAAACAAAUUCAACCCUAAAAAACGGUCAACAACUUUGGUUGGCCCUUUGAUUGGCCCUCACGGCCCUUCACUUCAUCAAAUCUGGCCCUCUUUGAAAAAAGUUUGGACACCACAGUACUCUUUCUUAUUCAUGCCACCUUUUGUUCUCUUGUUUGCCUUCCCUUCCCUUUUUGACUCCUGCAUCAUCUUCCCUUUCCUGUAGGAAACCCCAGUGCAUUAGUCUAAUAUACAUAGGUAGUUCUAUAUUUUUCAAAAAUGUUUUAAUUACGCUUCAGCUCUGCAACCUAUCCUUAGUUCACAGAAAAUAAUUGAUGUUUCUCUAGGUGUGUGUGAGUGUGUGUACUGUGAUGUUGAUUUCCUACUUAGCCAAAUGCCAGAUGUGAGGUGGCAAGGAUAGUGAUCUCACCCAUUAUUGUAUCUAAGCCUGGUUAGGUAAGCAUCUACAUUUAUUCCUCAGCAAGUAUGUAAUGCUUCUGUGGACAGAGCUGGAUUUAACAUUAGUCCAAGUAGGAAAUCUUCAGCAUUUACCUUUAGAUACCAUUCCCUUUGACAGUUUCCCUUUAAGAUCAGGUCUGAAAGAAUUUUGCUGAACAAACAAUGUGUUAUAGACUUGUUCAUUUGUUCAGGAAUGCAGAUAUAUUUGUCCAUGAAUUUAUAUAAUCUAGUACAUUACUACAGGUCUGAGAUACUAAAUGAAGAAACCUAUGGGCUUCGUGUAGCCCUCAGCUACCUUGUGAAGUUAAUGGUGUUGUCUUGAAUUCCUAUAUUUAUUUUUAUCAUCAAAUGUUGUGGAACUUAAGAUUGUAGAAAAUAUAAUGAUAAAAACCUAAUUCAUGAAAAUUUAAAAUAAAAAUUCCUUAAUUUUAUUAAAAUAUUUAUAAGUUUAUCCAGUGUUGGGGAUGGAUGUGCAAGCUGCUGAACUGUUAGGUACCCAAGUAUAUUAUUUUUGCCAGUUGGAGAAAAUAGAGGCGUUGUUUGGAAAGAAGCAGUGUAGCAAACAAAAUUAAGGAUUCAGUAUUUGGGAUAUAUGCAUUGUCCAUAUUUCGUGUUAUAGUUGGAAUACAGCUCCAUUUCCCUUGACCAUUGGCCAUGUUUGCUGGGGCAGCUGGGAAUUAGCAUCUAAUAACAUUUGGUGGGCCGCAUAUUCCCUGCCCCUGUGGUAAACACAGUUAAUGGUUUACUAUGGACAUAGAGAUAAUUUCCACUUGAUCCUUACCAGUGGCUUAGCAUUAUAUCCAAACCAGGAAGAAAAAAGGCGUCAUCAGGAAGCCAUGAACAAAUCUUUGUUUCAAAUCAUGGUUUGCUUGGAGCCAAACAAGGUACUAUCUUUGGUUUUGGUAUAAUUAAGCCAGGGAUUGUGGUUUCAUGUUCCCACAGGGAGGAGCAACGCAGAAGCCAUCUAUGCAUACUUGAUAAACUAUUAACAUGCAAACUGAGCAAAUAUGUAGAUAAUUCUUAUGUAGAAUUGUUAUUCAGAAAUGGGAGAAAUUUAAUUUAUUCCGAAAAAGCUCAUAAAAUAUCUCUAGAAUGUAAUAAAGUUAUAGCAGUACAUUUGGUGCUCAGUUCCUCCUUAAUACUAUUGGUUGAACAUUUUAUCCUGUACGGUGGUGUUUUAUUAAUUCAUCUGAUUUGGUUGUCACAGCAAACUAUAACAUAGCAUGAGAAGAAUGAACCUUAGCCUUGCUUCCCCCCACCACAUCCCAGAUGCAAGGAAUUCAGAAGUGUUCACUUCCCUUGUCAUGCUGUCCAACCUACAAACUGGUUAAUGUUAACAUUAGCUAUGGUUUGUUUGAAACAUGCCAACUUUAUGCCAUGGGUACAAAGAUAACUUGUUUCCUUCUGUGGUUAAUGCUAACCACAAUUUGCUUCUUACUUUGUCCAAAGCUUGAAGUGAUGCAGAAGCAGACCUCUUCACUUCCAUAACGACAGCUUAGCAUGUGCAGUGAAAUCCAGCCAAAAUUUGUGGUCCUCUGGCAGAAUGCAUCAUCUAUCUGUGUGUAUCAAAAGGCUCUAAAAUAGUUGUGUGUACCUUGACAUUAGCUGACCAUGUAUCUUGGGUACAUAAUUAUAAGUUUUUACCCCCAGUUCUCUGCUGAUUGGGCCUAGAUCCUCAAACCCUCAGUCAAAUUGGAGUAAGCAAAUGGCAACAAGAAGGUCCUGAUUUGCCAGGCAGCAUUCUCUCUCUCUCUCUCUCUCUCUCUCUCUCUCUCUCUCUCUCUCUCUCUCUCUCUCAUACACACCCACACGUGUGUGUGUGUGUGUGAUGAUGAUGAUGAUGAUGCUGUUGCUGUGGGGCUGCCUGAUCUGGUAGGGGGGCGGGAAGAUGCCUAGACAGUUUGUUUUGGUGCCCACAACCUAGGUCCGAGGAGCCACAUGGCUCCUAGCAUUGCAAUCUCAGUUUUUAUCAUUGGCUCCUGCUUGUGCGAUGGGGCUUUCCUCCUCUUUGCCUCACAUGUACCCCUGAGAUUGAUUUUGGGGCUCAAGAGAACCUCCCAGAACACCAUGCAGGGGGGAAGGGGGAUUAUUUUGUCUGGCAAGCUGCUAUGCUCACACAGAUGGCACUUUUGUGAUAGUGCAAUUUAAUUUCUGCACUGUGUACUUAAACUUCCAAAAAUAUUUAGAUAAAACCACUUACCAAUGAUUCCUGAGUAAACAUAGCAGUCAUGGCAUAAGAGAACAGGUCCUCUUAUGCAUCAGUUAUUUGUUAAAGAACAGGAAGUGGAGAAUAGAAAUAAGUGGACAGUUCUCACAAUGAAGAGGUGUAAGAAAUGGGCACCUUCAAGGGGACCCAUGCUUUAAAACUUGUUCUUUUAAAUGACUUUGAGUUAGAGGUGAGCAGUGAGGCUGCCAAGUUUUCUGAUGACAUCCAAUUGUUCAGGCUAGUAAAGGCUAUAAGAGUUUGCAAGGAGCUCCAAGAGGAUCUCUAAACUGUAGGAACAAAUGACUCUAUAUAAGCAAAUGUGGUACAGUGUAAGUAAAUGUAACAUGAUGCACAACAAAUCCUAACCACUUACACAUGGCUGAAGUGGCAGUGACUGACCAGGAAAGAAAUCUUGAGGUUGUGAUAUACAGUAGUUCAGGAAAAGGUUGAAUCAGUAUGCUGCAACUGUGAAUAAUGGGAAUUCCAUGUUGGGGAUAAUUAAUAAAGAGAUUGAUAAUAAAACUGUCAAUAUCAUGAUGUCUUUUUAAAAAACAAAUGUAUGACCACAUUUGGAAUAUUUUGUACAGUUCUGAUCACUGCACCUCAAAACAAAACUAUGAAUUUCAUUAACAUAAGAUACAGUUACAGCCACUAACUUGGGACAGCUUGAAAAGAGGUUAGACAAAUUCACAGAGGAAAAGGCUAUAGCUGCUAGCCAUGACUGCAAUAUUUUAUUUAUUUAAACCAUUUAUACACGGCUUAAUAUUUUAAAAAUCUCUAAGCAGUAAUAAGAAAAUAAGUGGUAGGAUACCUUUGAAUCCCAGUCAGUGGGGAACAAUAGCAGGAGAGGGCUAUUGUGUUCAUAUCCUACCUGUGGCCUUCCUAUAGGCAUCUGGUUAGUCACUGUGGGAACAGAGAUGUUAGAUUAGAUAGGCCCUUCGUCUGAUUCAGUAGGCUUUUAUGUUCUUAUUUGUAACAAAAUUGCAGAACACCUAGGUAAACAACUAAGGAAAAAAAUAUUCAGUUACUGCAGCUUUUGGUGUCUGUUUACGAACAGCUUUGUGUGCUGGAAGGAAGAAUUGGAUUUUACAGAAAGUUAAACUCAUAAUAGAUUAUCAGUGUUUAUUGCAGUGUUGUAAACUGAAUGUUCAGAAUCUUAAUGAUGAAUUGAAAAGGGAAUUAGUGUUCUGUACAGCCUAAUCAACGACAAGUUCCUUUUGAGAGAGAGAGAGAAUAAUGUUUAAGAUUUAAAAUUGAGAUUGAUUCAACAAUAAUGGAUCUUUCAGGUAUAUGGGAUUCCACAGCACAUUUAUCUCUCAGACAGAUGCUGUCAGUGUAAAGAUGAUAAUUCCUUUUGAGGCAUAUGAUGUGGGUGUGUCCUGUGGUGGUAUAUUUUUCAUCAGAAAUUGUAGUACUUUGUUUUGGAAAAAAUCCUUGAUAUUUGCAAAUGUUGUUGUGUUGUGGGGUUGAACUAUAAAGACUUGCAUUGUCCACAGGCAGACAGUCAAUGGACCCUGCAAGUCAUUAGUUUCAAAUGGAUAUAAAAGGAUAAACACCUACCAUCCAUUGCUCAAUGGGUUGAAAAUCUUACACCACUUUCCAAUUUGAAUUUUGGACAUAUGGACUUUCCCCCCUGCUGGUUCAGAGAUCAAGGGUCCAUCUAGGCCAGUCUCUUCCCUUUUUUGCUUUAGAAGUAUUCUUUUCAUGCACUGCAGGGGUUGGACGAGAUGACCCUCACAGUCCCUUCCAACUCUACAGUUUUAUUAUUAUGAUUCUAUAUGUGUUUAAACUAGGAUUGAUGGAUCAUUCUUAAUGUGCGCUGACAUUUCUUUCAUCAUGUUUUUAAAAAGAUAGCUGCAAUGAUUUACCAUACCCGAUGAUACCAGGUGAAACAGUUCCCAGUCUCUAAUAUCAAUUUUGGUCUUACAUUUAAUCUUUUAUUAAAAAUGAAUACUGUUAAUUUGAAGUAAACUUAUUUGUGUGGAUAUAUAUUCUUGCAAACAGUGUCCUUAAGGAAAGAGUGCUCCCAACCUGCAAUACUCAAAGAGAGUAAGAAACCUAUUAACAUGGAUGCCAAUUUUUUUAUGUUAUCUCAUAACAUGUUAUCUCAUGUUGGAAUGAAAUGUUAGUUAAGAUGAAAGUAUGGCGACAUCAGACAUUGCUUUUGCAGACCAUCAGAAUAAAACUACUAUUUUUUCUAUUAUGUACAAUCACUUAAUCCCAUUUAAAAUAGUGUGUCUGAUCAUGUAUUUAAAGCCUGGGGGAAAAUAUUCUUCCACUCCAGUCUAAUUGUGUCCACAAAAGUUUAGAGUUAAAGUGUGUUUAGGGGAAAAAUAAUCUGUGUUAAGUGAUCUUGAGUGUACACUUUAGAGACAGCUGAUGUGUGUUUGGUUUCCUUCUUGGCAGGCUUCAGAAAGGGAGAGGAAUACUAUUUCUUUACACCCCAUAAUAGUGAGGGAAGAAAAUGGUAUGUCAAUACAGUGAAUUGAUUUAGAAGAAAAGGGCAAUUUAAAUAAGUUAAAUGAAGUUUUCUAAUGAAAAUUGUUCAUUUGUUUCCUAACAUGACUACUAAACCAUGUUAAUUUACAACUAGAUGGGGUAUUACUUGAAAUUUCAUUCUACCAACCAGGUCUUGCAUUUCUUUGUUGCACUUUGUCUUUAAAGUAUUUCCAUAUAGGGUCUGCCUUACUACCAGCUUCUGACUGUUUAUAAUGUCAGGAGUGCAACCCUAUAAAACAAGGUGGGCAACUUUUCGUUUUCUUUUCAGGACUGCAUUUCUUGGGGAGUAAUCUCUUCAAGGGGCAGAAUGCCAGCAGUGGGUUGACCCAGAGCUGAUGUGGGAGAAUCAGAGAAGAAUUGGGAGAAUCAGAGCAUUCUAGAUUAAUUCAUUAACACCACCUUGUUUCAGAUUUCAUCAUAGCUACCUCAGAUUCCCAAUUCUAUGCAGGUUUACUCAAAAGUAGUGCUCAAAUAGGUAUACAAAGGAUUUUGUUUUUGUUGUUACAUCAGACCAAUGCAGUCACUGUUCUUGAAAGAAAGUGAAAACAAUUCUUUUCUGAUUAAUGCUCUCUGCACACUCAAAACACAUGUGGCAGAAACUACCAGUUUGUUGCUGCACAGCUGGUGCUAUACAACUGUAGAAAAAGUUAAUCAUUUCAAUUUUUGAAACAAAAUAUUGCGCUUCUGUUAUUUAAGACACUGUAUUUUUCCUAGCUUGUUGAAGUUCGCUUUCCUUCUAUGUAGUGUCAUAACAAACAACAGUUAAGGAAUUACAAUGGGUUGGAGAAGUGGGAUAGUUUCAGGAAGUAUCUAGGAAUGCAUAAAGUGAGGCUUUGGUUCCUAGCUGUAUGCUGUAGUUUUAUACUGAGAAAUAUGUCCCAUUGACUCAGUGGGGCUUUCUCCCAGAUAAGUUGGCAUAGCAUUGCAACUACAUCAUAAAUAUGGUAAUAUAGGAACCCAUGCAUUAGACAUUCUUUUCUUGUCUUCUUUCUAAUGUUGCAAUCUUCUGCUUCGUUCUGUUCCAUCCUCAUAAAAAAGAUAGGAAACAAAUACAAAAUGCUUAUGGCUGAUAGCAAACAAGAUCUGUUAGUUACUCAGCAGACUAGAGUCGUACUUAGUUUUAAAAAUCCAAUUUAAAUGUUAAAAAUUCCAAAGCUUUAAAAGAUGGAUUUUUAUUCACCCUGCAUGUAGCCGAUAGUCAGUAUUAUUUACUUUACUGCUAAUUAACUCUCCCCCCCCCAAGCCCGCUAGGACCUUCUCUGGGUCUGGCUUCCCUAACUCCCUGAUGUCCUCCCACUCCUCCUCGUUUGACCACCCUCUCAUGACAUGCAUGUGCAUGUGUACAUCUGGGGAAGAGCCUAUACGCUCUGCAAUCUACCCACCCAAGCAGUUCCAUACAUUGUGGGAGGGGGAGAAGUACCAUAAAUAAACCCUCUUGCCUUCCUCUUCAUCACUCAGGUUCAGGACUUGAUGAGCAGUUUUCAAUCUCAAUAGUGAUACAUAAUGCCAAUUGUGUAGUAGUGCUAGACUCCUGAGGUUCAGGAUUAGGUGAGAGGGAAAUUACUCCACUGAGCUCCAGUAGUCUUAUAAACUAUGGGGAGAAUUUACCCUCUGUUCUCUCCCCUCUUGCUCACUGCUAUUUCCAGACCUUUAGCUUAUUAGCUAAAAGAACCAUUCACAUUAAGAGGAAGUAUGUUUCUGCAUACCAAAACAGGAGAAGGCCAUGCAUUUAAGAACAAGAGCAGAACAAAAGCCCAUCUAACCCAGCAUCCUGUUCUCCUAGUUGCUGACCAGAUGUCUACAUUAAGAAUACUAAAAAAGGCUGUUGCUUUGCCUUUCUUGUCUGUUGUGUAAGCUUUCUGGAGGCAUUUAGCUUUCCACUACUGAAAACAAAAUGGUGUACUUGAUUAACUUUCGGAUUGAUCUAACAGGGCUUUCCUUGUGUUAUUAUCACAUUCCCAUUUGUUCUCAGAUAUCUGGCUCCUUCCAAUAUCUGAGCUGUAUAUUUGCAUAGUUUAGUCAUGUCUUGAUUUAAUAGACAAAAUAUCUGGGACAAAGGACACUAAAACAAUUAGACUUUCAAAACCAAAUUUCACAAGCUGAGAAAUAAAAUAAUUAAUGAAAAUUAGGCUUGUGGGCAAUCAAAAUUAUCAAGGAACUGGAGCAACUCCUCUGUGAGGAAAGAACACAUUUUGGGCCUUAGUUUAAAGCAGGGGUGGGAAGUCUUUUUGGCUUCUUGGGCCAGAUUCUUUAUCAGGAUCAGCCUUAUGGAUGGGGUCACCCAUCUGUCAGUUGCUUGAUAGCAGUGAUGGCGAGUGAUUUGGCACUUGAAAGUCCUGAAGUUGGGACUGAAGUGCAUUGCAGGUAGCAAAGCGCUGCUAAAACAAAGGUGUUUUCAUCCAUUUACAUUUAGUCCUGCCAAGCUGGUAGGAUUCAACUGCUGCUCAUCAGUUGAUGUAUGGGGGUUAAAUCCUGCUAUAUUAUUGAGUGUUCUAGUUCCCUGCAGGAUUGAACCCCACCUCUCUGCCAGAGAGUGACAUCAGUUGGUUGACAGGGAUGUGCCGUUUUGGGGAAAUGGCUCUGUGAGCCAAAGUGGACCCACUGAGGGGGGCAAGAUUUGCUGCCAUCCAUGGUUUAAAGAAGAGGCAAGUGAGAGGGCACGUUAUAAAGAUUUGUGAAAUUAUGCAUGGUGCAGAGAAAUUGGAUAGGGAAAAGUCUUUCUUUCCCUCUCAUAACACUACAACUCACUGAAUCCAAUGAAGCUGAAUGUUGGAAGAUUCAGGGCAGAUAAAACAAUUUGCUCUUACAAGAGGUAGUGACAGCUACCAAUCUGAAAGCCUUUAAAACAGUGGCUCCUAAUUGGCUGGGGCAACCCAGCUCUUGCCCUACAAGUGCUUUUUCUCUCCUGGAUUCAGAGUCAAGCUCCUCUGCCCCAUUUGUGACCAACUUUUUACUUUUUUAUAUAUCUCAUUUUGUAGACAGUAAUGUGAUGAAUUAUUUACACUUCAUGUAUUCUUUAAACAUUUUAAAGCCUGAGAAGUUGUAUACAGUAUAGCUAAUACAUACAAAUUGUGUUCUAAAGAAAACAUCACUUUUGUUCUUCAGGAUGGAUUAGAUGCAUUGGUGUACGAUUUGGACUUUCCUGCCUUAAGAAAAAAUAAAAACAUAGACACCUUUUUAAACAAAUGUAAGUAUAUGUCUUUGUAUAUAUGUUUACAGGAUUUCUGGUGUUGCUAAUGUUCCAAUAUACAGCUUUUUUAUUUUAAAAAAAGAAAUUUUAUGUGGUUAGCAGUUUGCAUGGAAAUAUCUUUUUCUCACCCAUAUAUGCAUUAUCACAGUUGUUACUGCCAUUAACUUGUUGGAGGAAGCAUGGGCUAAAAAUUAAAGCUGGGAAAAGAGAGGCAGAUGUGGCAAUUCAUGCUGUGCAUGUAAUGAAUAGGUCUGGGCAAUGUAUCAAUUCAUUGCCUGAUAAUGGUUUAAAGUUAAAAUUGCAAGAGCAAUUUCAGACUUUUGGAAGAGACAAUGUAUUGUGAAUCCCCACUCACUCCCAGCUGCAGCCAGCGUUGUGCUCUUCAAUCCAGAGAGCCCAGCCAGGCUGCCUGAUGCUCACCCACUCCCUUCCUCCCUUCCUCCACAGCCCAGCUGCCAGCUUGCCACAAGAGUGGGGCUUGCCAGCCUGCACCUUAAUUUGUUUCUCUGGCUGUGUGAGUGCCAGCAGGCUGUUUCCUCUCUCCCUUCCUUCUUGUGAUGAUCACUGAGCAGAAUGGAGCCAACUCCCGUAACUCGCGUAGCACUCCAGAGGGUGGCUCCCAGUAGCUGUGGUUUCAGGGUGAGCCGUGGCUCGUGCCUGCGGGGAAGCUAGUGGCUUAUCUGUGGCAGUUCCAAGGCUUUGGAAGGCCCUCUCUGUGGAAAUCCACCUGGCUUCUUUUGUGUUGCCUAUUUCUAUAGAAAUAGAAAAUGAUUUUAAACAAACAAACUUUAAAUAUGUUGUUAUUUUUAUUGCUGUUUUUCAUAACUAAGUUUUUGUCCUGUGGCUAUUCGUAUUGUAGCAACAUUGCAUGUUUAUUGUAUGUUUAUUUAGGAUGUACUGCUGGAUUGAAUUGGCCAUGUGUUGGAUGUGUUGGGUUCUCAGUAUAGAGGCAUUGUGGAAAAAUAAAAUCCAGUGCACAUAUGCUCAGUGUGGGGAUUUGUAGGACUUGAAAAAUUGCAUAGGGCUUUGAUUUGAAAUAUUUCUAAAAUUAUUGCCCUACAGAAAUGCUGAUAUGCCUACUAUCUGAAUGGCUGAGAGUUUUUUAUAUUAAACAGUCUAUAAAUUAAUAAAAGAGAGAUAAAUAGAAACACUUUUCCACAAUGCUUCUUAAUGAAAAUGAUGACUUAUUAUGGCAAUAAGCCAGAGGACUCUUUCAUAUUUUCACAUUUGCUUAUCGUCCUAGUAAGCAACUUGGUAGUCUAAUUGCUUAACUUUUUAAACAUUAUAAUUUUGGAUUUCCUCUUCACAUAUGCCAAAAUAUUUAUCAUUUUAUGGUCUAGCCACUAUCCCCCCCCCCAUUUAAAUGUCCUAUCUGGGAGAAUGGGAGAAUGAUAGCAUACAGUCAAUUUAAUGGAUGAUUGUAAAGAUGAUGUUUUUGAUGCAUUAAGUUGUCUAAGUGUUACCUUAUGUGUUUGAAUAGUAAGAGAUCAGAGGUUUCAUACUUGCUAAGUUCAUUCCUUUGGAACAUAGGAAGUUGCCUUAUACUGUACUGUGUUGGACCAUUGGUCCAUCUACCUCAGUAUCUUCUGCACUGAUAGGCAACAGCUCUCCAGGGUUUCAGACAAGGUACAUUCUGAGCCCCACCUGUACAUGAUUGUGAUUGUACCUGGAACUUUUCCCAUGCAAAGCAGGUGCUCUGCCACUGAUCUAUGACCCUUUUAGCUUCCCAGCACUAAAAAUUUACAAUCUGUGGCUUGGGGAGGCACACUCUAUAUGUAUAUCUUAAUAAGGAUUGUAAUUGGUCAGUAUUCUAGUAUGUAAAUAUUGUUCCUUUGAACCUUUCAUUAGAAAAGUCUGUUUCAGUUGCUGUGUUCUGCAAGCACAGAACUGAAAUACUUUUUAUAUAAUCUCAUGCCAGUGUUGACCCAUGUAGAUUAAAAUAGCAUGUUACCAAAUUUGGAGUUAGACUAUUUGACCACUGGGAAUUUAAAUUAUUGCAGUUUAUUGGAUGAUGAUUUUUAAAAAUGCAGACUUCCUGCUUAUAUUUUCAUGGUAAAGUUGUUUUUUAACAUGAAAAAAUAAUAAAAAGGCGAAACACUGGAAUCUUAUUUUAGUAUCUAAUUCGUAACCUAAAUAGCUGAGAUGUUGUGAUGAAUGCAGAUUUCUCUAGUCUAAUUACUAAUUUCAUAUAUUUGCGUAUAAGUUGAAUUAAAAUUGAACUUCUCUCCUGACCUGUUCCUACAGUGAGUUGUUUUAUUGUGCGUUUUGCAUUUAUAUGUUGUCAUAGGAAUGAAAGUAACUUCGAAAGGAGAUACUUGCAGUAAAGGAAAAAGAUCUUAAAAAGAGCAAACUCUUGUCUUUAAACAAUUUGUGUAUUUAACAGGCAACAGAUGUUGCAAGAAAUUACCAGCAAAUGAAAUAUGAAUAGAAUGAGAUGUUUACCCAGUACAUUUUUCUUAUAUGAAAGUUUAUUUUUAAGAUUGUGUCUCAUGAUGUAGUUUUUUUUAAUUUAUAUUUUCAUCACAGAUAAAGACACAAUAAAUAAAAUCAGAGAUCUGCGUAUGAAGGCUGAAGAUUAUGAAGUGGUGAAAGUGAUUGGCAGAGGUGCAUUUGGUGAAGUUCAGUUGGUAGGUUUACUUUUUGUGUAUGAGUAAGGCUAGCAUUUAUAAAAGAGGAAGUUGCAAUUGUAACAAAAAAACGCUUACAUGUGCACCAUAUAUUUGUGGUGAUUCCCCACCUGCCCCCAUGACACUUCAUGCGUUUUUUAGAAGAGUUACUUGUAAGCAGUCGCAAAGGUGUUUUGAUGAACAAGCAUAACAGGACCAAAACUGUAAAGAAUGGCCCUGAUUUUAAAGACACCUAUUAAUCACUAAUUGCUUUUGCGGGUGCAAUGGUGCCUGCUAGUGCUGGGUUAGUGACACUACUGUGUUGUCUUCAACCAGGUGCACCAGACCAAGCACAUUACAGUACCUUUCAAUCAUAAAAUCAUUCAGCAUUUCCCAUGGCAUGCCAAGCCAUGCCAUGACCUUGCUGCUUUUUCCAGGGUCCCAGUGCUAAGGUUUUUCAGGUUUACAAAUGCGUUGACUAUGCCCUGGAGAGCUUGAGAAGAUCAGGGAUGCUGUCUGUCUUUAUGUGAAAUGCAGAAGGACCUGUCAUGCAAUACUUGGGUAUUGCAUAUUGAUUGAUGCAAGGCAUGUGUAUCAUAUUCAUGUAGAAUAGGCUUUGCCUUAAAUUUUAAUUUACGGUAACAUUUUCUUCAUCUUAAAAUUUGUUUUUAAAGGUAAGACACAAGUCAUCACGAAAGGUUUAUGCCAUGAAGCUUUUGAGCAAGUUUGAAAUGAUAAAAAGAUCAGAUUCUGCAUUCUUUUGGGAAGAAAGAGAUAUCAUGGCAUUUGCGAAUAGCCCUUGGGUUGUGCAGGUAUAUUGACUAAUUUUUGAUGUGUUUAUACCAUUAGUUUUGCUGAGUAAGGAAAAGUUCAUUUUUCAAUAAAAGUGCUAAUUUACAGAUUUUAGCAACUUUAAGUCUUAAGUAUGUUUGCAUUUGCUGUUCCAAGUUUUGCAGUGCAUAUAAAUGUGAUGAUUACUAAAAAUAGAAAACCUGGGUGAAUAAUUUUUAAGUAUCUUGGGCAGAAUCCAAAGAUGCAGGAGUGGACUUGUGCUCAUAAUGCUUUGUUCUCAUCUCCUUGCCCUGCAGCUUCCUGUGUGUCCCCAAAAUCUGCUCCAGAGACUUCCCAAUUCUUUACAGCAGAUUUUGAGGGUGUGUGGAGGAUGGCAGAGGAGAGGUAGUGAAGUCUCUUCCACUGGCCUGUGGACAGGGAAGAUACAAACCCUUUUCUAUCAAUUCAAUAGUAAUGUAUUUACUCACCUAGCAUCUUUGUUUACCGUUGGAAGUCUAUCCCUACUCAGAUCAAGGAAAUGCAAAUCUGGAGUGGUGGGAGUGAACAUGUUGGAUUGGGCUUCAGUUUUGAGGUGGGGACUGAAGCCCAAUUAAACAGUUUUACUAGCUCUACACAGAUCUGCAGUUCAGGUAGGGACAACGUUGUUUCACACAGUAGGCUUCCAACUUUAUUAGGAACUAUGUGCACAAGUAGUCAAUAAGAGGCUGUGCACACAAUUCCUGUGUCUGAAUCUGGAGGGACACUUGCCCCAGUUAGAAUAUGCAUUACUUUGUCUUGGAUAUCACUUGUUCAGAUGGAUUGAACAUACCUGCCUCUGAACAAUUAGCUAGUAGUGUUGAGCUGGCAGCAGCAAAUAUUUGAUUGAAUGUACAUAGGCAAGUACAGCAGUGUCCUGGUUAGCCCACUCUUGCACAUUGUGAAUAUUUUAUUUGUGGCUGAUUUUUUCACUUGUCUUGCUGAAGCUCAUAUUUGUCUAAACACUAUGUGUCAUUGGUUUAGCAAGUUUUGUUGCUUUGGACAUCUGAGCAUUUUAAACUCAAACAAUUGUGUGUAUAAUUGAUGCAAUGAAAUAAUUGAAGUCACUAUUAACUUUAAUGUAAGAAAGUGAUGACUAAUGACUAGUUUUCCCCAAUAUAACAAUUAAGUAAUCUUUAUAAAGAAGAUUUCCUUAUCUAUAGUUUUUUCUUGAAUGCUAAUCAUGCCUUUAUGUUUUGAACACUGUUACUAAAAAGAGCAACAUUUGACUAUGUAUGGGCUGGCUCUGUAGACCAUUGCUUGGCUUACUGAACCAAGAAAUGUAGUUUGAAAUCCAAUUUGAAAAUGGGUUAAUAUCCUGUCCUGUUUAUUCUGAGGCUGGUAACCAUCAUUUCCUUGUUCAGAUGAAACAAGGACACUAUGGUUAAGUAAAUCCUCCCUGGUUUAAUUGCAGCUUGCUGCAUUUUCAGAUAAAUAAGGCAUUGUACUUAGGUGGUAAACUGGUUCUUCCUUUUGGUUGAUACACAUACUGAACAGCAAUGAAUUGCUAAUACUUUAAAUGUUAACAAAUAAUUCUAAUUGAGUGAGAGGAAGGCAAUAAUGAUGAACUGAACACACAGUAAUCUUAGUUUUAUUUCCUUUUAUAGUUAUUUUAUGCAUUCCAAGAUGACCGCUACCUUUACAUGGUGAUGGAAUACAUGCCUGGUGGGGACCUAGUGAAUUUAAUGAGCAACUAUGAUGUUCCUGAGAAAUGGGCAAGAUUUUAUACUGCAGAAGUUGUUCUUGCAUUAGAUGCAAUUCACUCAAUGGGCUUUAUUCACAGGUGUAUAUGCUAUUUUUCUUAAUAUCUGAAUACCUCAGUAUUCUAUCUGGAGUGCAUUACAGUAUAAUCAGUUGCAUGUUUAAAAUAUUUUUUGAAUAUUUAUUCUAAAUAGCCAGAAUUUGCCCACUUCCUUACAUGUUUGGGCUGGUCAAUCACAGCCAUUUUGGGCAGAAACCAUGAAAGAAAGGAGGAACGGAGGCAGGGAGAGAAAUUGAACAAAUCAAGAAGCAGGGAAGAUUGGACAGGCAGAAGCUUUUUCCUUUGUUUGUCUUUUUCUGGUUGGCUGCAGAAGUUUGUGGUGGAAACCAGGGAGGGAGAGAUUUAUGCCAGUAUAGAUGAGAAAUUCCAAAUUCUGCCAAAUCCAAACUCUCCCCCCCCCCCCAGUGGAUCUUGGAUUUGGAUUACACAAGUAGGUUUCUGAUUAUGUUGCCACUACUGUAAAUAAGGCGAGGCUCUACCAUAUGCUGGGAGGGAGGGAGAGAGAGAGAGAAGUGGGGAAAUUAAAAUGGGUAGUUCUGCGAUGUGCUUUGUGUUAAGAGAUACAGAGGCAGCUUUAUCACAUUGAACGAAAGUCAAGUUUAAGAAAUACUAAGGUGGCACUGGAAAUUUAGCCUCUUCCUAAAGAAAAUUUCUGUCCUCUGUCUCAUUUUUAAUGGUGAUAUGCUAAUAGUAAAUUAUGCUGCCAGUGGACUUUUAAAGGGGUCAGGCAGCUGGUGAUUGGAAAGACCUCUGCCUGAGACCCAGGAGAGCCACUCCCAGUUGUGUAAAGUAGUUUCAUUUGUUUGUGUGUUUAAAUCACAGUUAGAGGAGGAAUUUGCUCAAGGAAGAGGAUAAACUAUGACAACAGUAAUGGCCAAAGGUUGGCUCUAAGUUUGUUAGGUGUUAGUUGUUAACCAUCUUAUGUGGCAAGACGGGUAUGUAGCAUAGAUGGUUUUUUAAAACAUAAAUAAAACCUAGAUUGAUUUGCUUUCUUUUCAGAGAUGUAAAGCCUGAUAAUAUGCUGCUAGAUAAAUCUGGUCAUUUAAAACUAGCAGAUUUUGGUACCUGUAUGAAGAUGAAUAAGGUUGGUAUGCUUUUUUUAAAAAAAUCUGAAUUAACUUCCAUGCUUUGGGAAGUAAUAUUUUUAUGGAAGAAUGUUACUUGAAUAUCGAUUUUGCCUAAAUUUUAGCUACUUGGAAUACUGAUGUGGGGUUUUUUUUUAGUUUAUUGCUUGUUUAAUUUUUUUUGGCAUGUUUUAAAGUGUUGCUUUAAUUGUUUUUACCAGUAAUUGUAGUGUUUUAUUAUUUUUGUAAACUAAAUAAAUUUUAUGAAAUAAAUAAAAUUCUUAAGAUUUAAAUGAAGUUUAGCUUACACCUUUGACACAUUUUCCCAAGGAAAUCUAGGAAAAUGUUUUGCUUCAAGAUACUUUUCAGAUCCUAGGUGAAUUCUACAGAGUGCCUGUUUUAAAUAGCCACUCUCUUUUCUUUAUAGGAAGGCAUGGUACGAUGUGAUACAGCUGUUGGAACACCAGACUAUAUAUCCCCAGAAGUAUUAAAAUCUCAAGGUGGUGAUGGUUACUAUGGACGAGAAUGUGACUGGUGGUCAGUUGGUGUCUUUUUGUAUGAAAUGCUUGUGGGUGAGCAUCAAAAUAAUCAAUGUUCUGCAAAUGACAUUAACUGCAUUUACUGUUGAAUAAAAAUGCCUUAUAUUUUAACUAUUGCUUAAGGUUUACAUGGAAGCAAGCCCCAUGGAGUUCAAUGGCUGCCUUUUACAAAGGUUAUAAGAUUGUAGUCUUCUAUACUUCAAUGCUACAUCCUUCCAGAUCUUAUGCUGUUGCUAAACAUCAAGUCAGGGAGCAGAAAGACUUCAGCUAUUCAGGGUUUGAUCUCAGAUGAUCAGGCUGACCCUUGUGUUCAGUAGAGACCUAGCUAGACAAUGGGAAAGCUUAAUCUUAUCCAACUCUUACUGAGGGAUUGCAUGUUGCCUUUCGAUGUAGAGUUUAGGAUUUCAGCCUCCUUUAUUUAAGGCUCCCACCUGGUGCUCUCUUUAUUGUCUCUAGAUGUCACUUUCUUUAUUUUAUGAAUUGACAGUAUUAUAACAUUAAUUGUUACACCUGUCAAAACAGUUGCAUAUGUAAAAACUAUCUUAUAUAUAACAAAAAACGUUUUAAAACAACACAUACAUAAAAACUAUUCAAAUCCAAGACAUAUACCAAUGGAAAGGAUAGAUGCUGCUACACUAAAUGUCUGAUUUUGAUGAUGUUGAUGGUGAUGAUGAUGAUAAAAAUAAUAAUAGUAAUAAUAAUUUAUGUCUACCCCACCCAUCUGCCAUUCAGAACACUGCUGAUUGGUUUUGUAUGUAGAACACAUUGUAGAGGUUUUUGGCACAUAGAUGACAAUGGUCAGGCUAUCCGAAUCCAAAAAUGGCCAUAGUUGUCUUACCAGCUAAAACUAGUACAAGGCACUCCUAGCCACUAAACUUAGAAUCAUGUGAUGUGAAAAUGCUUCUACCACAUACUUGUCAGAACAUGAGCUUCUUAGAUCUUCAGUACAACUGGAGUAUUGCUUUCUAAUUUGAUUUUUAUAUUAAGUGACAAGGUGAAUCCUGACUACUUAAAAUCAUGGCAUGAGAAGUAGCAAUCAUUUGCUUUCUACAUCCAGUAUUUAGCCUAGUUCUGACACAAUGUUUCCUUGGAAUUUUAUUGUCUUCAGCUAUUGUGUGACAUUUUUUUCACUUUCGUUCUUUUUAAUUUUAGGGGAUACACCUUUUUAUGCAGAUUCUUUGGUUGGAACAUACAGUAAAAUUAUGAACCAUAAGAAUUCUCUUAGCUUUCCUGAUGAUAAUGAUAUUUCAAAAGAUGCAAAAAAUCUUAUUUGUGGCUUCUUAACUGACAGGUAAUAUUUUACAUCAAAAUGAAAGUUUUUGGUUUAGAGGUUUUUCUGUAGUAAACUUUAUCACCUGGUGAUAAACCAGUGUUUAUGAAUUUUACAUACGUUUUAAUAAACUUUUUAAUCCUAUUAGGUCUUGUCCUGAUAAUAAAAUAUAGUGUUCCUGCUGUAAAACCACUCUGUAUACGAGAGCUUUUAAGUCAGUCUGACAAUUCAAGAGCUUGAAAUCAGUUUCCUAGUAUUUUUAUUUAUUGAAUAAUAAUCUUAUGUUAAAGGGACUCGGGUGGCACUGUGGGUUAAACCACAGAGCCUAGGACUUGCCGAUCAGAAGGUCGGCGGUUCGAAUCCCCGUGAUGGGGUGAGCUCCCGUUGCUCGGUCCCUGCUCCUGCCAACCUAGCAGUUCGAAAGCACGUCAAAGUGCAAGUAGAUAAAUAGGUACCGCUCCAGCAGGAAGGUAAAUGGCGUUUCCGUGCGCUGCUCUGGUUUGCCAGAAGCGGCUUAGUCAUGCUGGCCACAUGACCCGGAAGCUGUACGCCAGCUCCCUCGGCCAAUAAAGCGAGAUGAGCGCCGCAACCCCAGAGUCGGUCACGACUGGACUUAAUGAUCAGGGGUCCCUUUACCUUUACCUAAUCCUAUGUUAAUAAUUGGAUUAAAAAUGUCUUUCUAAAUGUUUAAGUACUUUAAGUUUAUAUACAUUUUAAGCAGUGGCAUUAAUAGUAUAUGCAAUCAUACCCUGCAAAAUAUUUAAAGAAAUUAGAAUUAAACUGGCUUCAAGUUUGAAUAUCUUAACAUUUGUACGAAUUUUGAAAUCUUUUACCUCAUUCCUGUGUGUUCUUUUCUUGAUGCAAGCAAUCAUUUCUUGGACAGUCAAUAUCCAAACAGUUAUUAGCUGUACAAUGUGUUUCUUUUUAACUUUAGUGUGCAUGAGUAUACCUGUUUAUUAUUCUUAGGUUUCAUAAUUUAUGUAAAGAUGGAAUUAAAAAAAAUCUUGCAAUUUAAAAUAUUGGUAGGAUUAUAAAUGCGGUUUCUUGAAUACCCUAAACAAACUAUAGAUACACUUCUUCUUCAAAAUAACAUGUGUGAGAUUGUGCUGCUGAUGUUUUCAUAGACUUGGAUCCAAAAGUAUCCUUUCUGCAAGCAGAAAAACUCUUCUGCUUAUAGAAGGGGUUUUUAUGACUUACCAAAGAGCAGAUGAGAAACUAACCUAUAAUGCCAACAAUGUUCUUGAGUUUGUAAAAGCUCUUAUAAAAUCGUAUGCGCAAGACUAUUCAGUAUUUUUUUCUCAGGAAAAAAUACUUCAAACUGUUUAUAGUGUUAAUCCCUAAUGUGGAAUAAUUUUGUGCAUUAAUGAUUGGAGUGCACACUUGCAGUUCUCCAGAAAUGCAAAGCAAGACCUAUGUUUUGGACUUGCAUUGCAACAGGGACUUGCGUGUGAAUGGGCAUGAAUGUGCCUGAUCAUUUUGUGUACUUUGACAUAACUCUAGAUACAUUGUUGUGCGAAAACUUUCCCUAGCACUUAUACAGCAGCUUACAGAAACAGUGACAAUUCAGUUCAUGGUCUGUAGCAGUCCAGGAACAUAUAUCAAAAGGGGGGGGGGGAAAUGCUGCAGUGUGUUUUGUUGUGGAUGGGAGGAGUAGUUAAUAUUUUUUAUACACAUUAUUUCAAUCUACCCCAUAGUUUCAAGACAAUGUUAUGAGGUAGCAUGAGUUUGAACCACAGGAGGUGUGAAACUGCUCCCUCACCUCAGAUUCGGAGUGGAUAAGCAGUUGGUGAUUUUCUUCUGAGCUCUUCUCAGCUCCUAAUCACCCCUUUCUAAUUUUCCAUUUAAAAAGUGACUUAUUGGGCUACUGUUGCAUAUGUUUGCAUGCUUUAUGUAUUUUGAUCUUCAGAGCUUGCAUAUUUACUCCUUUCAAAAUAUCCCUUCAACAGGGAAGUCAGAUUAGGCCGAAAUGGUGUGGAAGAAAUCAAGCGACACCCUUUCUUCAAAAAUGACCAGUGGUCUUGGGAAAACCUUAGAGACAGUAAGUAUCUCUUUUGACCAUGCAUGAAGCUAUCUGCAUUGAGGCCCAUAUAUCAUCUUUUAAAAAUCAGUAGUAUAAAUUGGUUAGGUGUCCAAUACAAAGUUGCUUAUGUAUAUAUAGAUCGGGAGCCUACUCCAGGCAUAGAAUUCACCACUUAGGACACUGCAGAAAUUAAAUAGCAAUCAAUUUUUAGUAUUUGUGAAAAUAUAUUGCUCAAGAGAUCCCUAUUUUAUUGCUAAUGUGAGGUCUCUUGAGUGACCAAUGGGUGUUAGGUUUUUUAAUUGGCAGCUGUCUGGGGACCUCAGGAGCAAUCUGUUCUGUUUAGUAAUUGCAACUAUAUUUAAGUUUUGAAGCUUUGAUUUUUUAAUAAUAAUAUUUUUUUUAUUGCAUGUGCUGCUCAAUGUAGAAUAAAGAGUUAAAUCUUGCCAUGUCUCCUUGUGAUUCUUUCAUUCCUCUUCUCCAUUCCAAUUGUAACAUUUUUAAUAUAUUAGUUUCAAUAAACAUUUUAGUAAUCCUUUUUUUGUUUAUAUUGAUAGCUGUAGCACCUGUUGUGCCUGAUUUAAGUAGUGAUAUUGAUACUAGUAACUUUGACGAUUUGGAGGAAGAUAAAGGAGAAGAAGAAACAUUUCCUAUACCAAAAGCAUUUGUUGGCAACCAGCUGCCUUUUGUAGGAUUUACUUAUUACAGUAACCAUCAGUAAGUAUACAUGUGCUACUGAAAAUGCAGGCAUGUGAGCUUAAGUUGUGAGAACAAAUUCUAUAAGAUUUGAGAGCAAUGUCACAAAAGAAACUUAAUUCUGGGUUUAAAUGACACUUUAAAAAAUCUGUCUUGCCAUAUCAUCCUAAAAUGUGUAACACUUUUUAUAGCAGUUUUGAACUUACGGUACAGGCAGCAAUUUUGCACAUUUAAUUUUGGUUCCUCUUGAUGUGACAUCAUACUAUGUCCCUGAUUUUUGUGUUUUCUCAAGCAAUGUCAGAAGGCCAGGCUUUUAAGUAAUCAUUACUUCCAGUGCAUGCUUACCUGGGAGAAAGUCUCAUUGAACUCAGUGCGGUUUAUUUCUGAGUAGCCGUUCAUAGAAUUCCACUGUUAAGGGUCAAAUUAUUCUAUGUAGUCUGCUCAUUAAUAUGCCCUUGGAUUUGUUUGCUUACUAGCUAUGGAGAACAGCAACAUUGUCUAGUGAGCAAACAAGGAGAUAUCAUGCAAGAGGUUGAUCCACUUAAUUAUUCGUUAAUAUAAUUUGCAAAGAGUUCAUGGAUUCUUACUAGGAUUGCGAAAAACGUCAGAUUUCUAGAGAAAUUUUAACUCUUAAAGACCAUUCAAAAUAUGAUAGUAAUACAUCCUACAGGUUAGAAAUACAUAGUCAGAUACGUAUUUCACAAUUACACAGCUAAUUUCAUGAUUUUUGAGGAACUGUCCAGUGUUUGGAGCAGUAAAGCUUUUUACUACUGCAGACAGAGGUUGUCCAAUCUUCCUUAUAAGUUACGAUUUUUCAUCAGCUGCAAAACUGCAGAAAAGAAUGUUGUAAAGCAAAACAGUAUGUGAUAUUUGAAGGAAAGAUGUCUAAAUAGGGUGUUCAUGUUGUGUCUUUUCAGAAGAUGUGUGCUCUCACGUUCAAAUUUUAGUUAACAGCAGAGACUCAAAAAUGUGAAAAUACACCUUUAAAAUUGCAUGUACCCAGCCUACUAUAUAAUGUGGGCAUUUAAGUUUCAGGUAUAUGGGUUGCAGAAAUGUGCAAGCAAAGUGAUCAGGGGGCUGGAGUACUUUCACUAUGAGGAAAAGCUAAAAUGUUGGGGCAGGUUAGAUUUAAAAAGGGUAACUAAGGAUAGAAAUGAGAGAAUUUCUAGUAUGUAGAAAGUGGGGAGAAAAAAGUUGUUCUCUCAUCAUAUUACUAUAACUUAUUGUGUGCUUACAGGUAUUUAUCUAGCUGUACAGCAAACUCUAAUGACAACAGAGCAAGCACCAACGUAGAUAAAAGUUUGGUAUGUCUUUUUUUCUUUUUUAAUUUCCCCCCCUUUGUUAGGACCUCAAAUAAGUGCUAUUAGCUAAUUAAAUAUUUUGUUGAUGAAUCCUUUGUAUUGAUAACUUGAUUUGAAUAAAUGUAAAUUACCAAGACAUCCAUAUAUACACAGGUCCCUCUUUCUGAACACAGUAUAUUCCCAGGAAAUUGUUUGUUAGGCAAUCAUUUGCAUAAAGAGCUGAUGAUUGCUAUUAGUUCCUACGGGAACAUUUUUCUGGCUCUCUUUCCAUGCUUUCUGCCUGAGUCUGAUGCAACCAAUCAACGAAAGCAAGACAAAGGAAAAGCUGAUUUGUCCAAUCUCCUUUCUUCCCUCCCUUCUUCCCUCCAUCCCUCCCACCCUCUCUCCAUGCUUUCUGCCCAAAAUGGCAACACCAAUCAGCAAAGCACAAGUAGGGAAGUGGGUGAGCUCCAGCUGUUCCGAUAUGUGAAUCAGCCCUUUGUGUAGUGAGGGUUGGGUAUAAUUCUUUGUAUUUGGAUAACUGAGAUUUCAUAUAACAAGCUGUCAGGGAACUGCCAUCAGUACUAGAGGGGGAGCGCAAAAGCCAGAGGGAUUCCAGAGAGCGUCCAGGGAUCGGGAGAAGCAGCCCAUCUUCUGGGGAAGAGAAUCAGCGUAGCACCAGUGGAGAAGGGGGGCAGGUGGGGGAAGUGGCGAGGCGGUCCCAUGACUCCUUGCUGGGGACCAGCGGGGAGAGUAGAGGUCCUCCGUUGCCCACACCCUCCCUGCGCAGAAGGCUUUCGCGCAGAGAGGGUAGGCGGAGACUAGGCGUCAAAGAGCUUCUUUUCUGGAAGAAGUUUAAGAAACGCCCACUCACGGAUUCUGCCAGCGAUUGAGUCAGCCACGGGUGAGUGGCUGUCCGGACAGAGGAGGUUCACUUUGGCAGCCCAGCCAGGUGUUUGCACCCAGCCAGGGAGAUAGGCAUCUGCUUACGCACGAGCAACCCCUUAGAACCAUUACAGCAAUCCGUGAGUCCCUGACGUUGCUUGUGCGCAGCCCGGGGGAGGCAGCACAAUGAGCCAGACAGGACCAGCCGGAGAGGCAGAGCAAGAAGCCAUGGUGCGAGGUCUGGUCGAGCAACCCCUUAGAACCAUUACACAAGCAUUCCGAUAGUGGGACCUAUCGGAAGAUUUGUUUUCAAGAUAUUGAAGGAAGUGUAACGUAAAGAUUAAUAACCAAUAUUUGCACUCAUGUAAGAAUGAAAAUGAGUCUACAGUUCUUUUUCUUUCUCAUUAUUGCAGCACAGCAGAGCUAAAAUGUCACCAAAAAUUAAAUCAAUUUUUAAUUUACAAUGUUUAUAUACUACUUGAUUAUAAUAAGACCUCAAAGUGGUUUACAAAUGUGUCUGAAUUUCUGGUCCCAUUUAUAAGAAUGUGCCCAUGUUUAUUAAUCUGUUAAAGCAGUAAUCUCCUAGCUGAAACUUGCUGCUCCAAUUUUUAAAAAUAAGAUACUGAGAACCAUUCAAAGCAAUUUUAGAUAGUUGUUGUAAAAUUCACUACAAUUUAGAUAGUCCCAUAAGAUCCUGUCAAGUAUGACUUUUAUUUUCAUUCUGUAUUUUAUAUUUAAAGCUGGAAUCUCUGCAGAAAACUAUCUAUCAACUUGAAGAACAGCUACAUAAUGAAAUGGAACUGAAAGAUGAAAUGGAACAAAAAUUCAGGUGACUCAAUUCAUUCUUUGUUAUCAGAACUUCAGAAACACAUGUUUUAUGAGUUUUAUAUUGGGGAAUUAUGAUGGUAUUAACAUUUUAUAUGUGUAGACCAAGAGGUUUGUAGCCCAUCUCCAAAACUGAGUAUCAGGGUCUUAGGAGCCAGUUAAUGGCACCAAUUCUGAAAGUGAUAUUUUUAAGAGUUGCUGGUAGCAACAAGGAUGCUUUUGCUUGUUGGCAUUACUAAGAGCAAGACUAAGCACUCUUAGGUGAAUGUGCAUCAGUUAUCUUGGGAGUGAAGAAUUUGAAAGGUAGGGAUAUAGUCACUUUGAAUCUCCCAUUUACCAGCUUUUUGGUUUAGUUUCCUUCCCUCUUAGAGCUCACCCUGGUUCUUCUCAGAUUAUGUUCUGGCUGCUAUAAAAUAUUUCAUAUUCCUUAUUGGCAGCUUCAGAUAUUUGGAGCUAGUUUAAGAUCUAAGGUGCUAGUUCUACACAGAAAUAGUUUAAGUAAAAUUCUUAGGUUACUAGGAUAUCAGUGUUAGACAUAAUGCGUAUUCAACAUAGCACUAAUUUGCUGGUUUCGUCAGCACAGGCAUUUUUCCUUAUGGAUUGUUUCCCCCUCUGGAGCAGAUUGGAGAUGGCAUGGAGCACUCACAGUGAAGGAGAGGGAGAAAAGUCCUGUUUUCCUAGUGCUAUUUAGUUGAAUACUUCCCACUCUGUAUGACAUUGGGCUAUACCCAUUAACAGGUUGGUGGUAGCCUAUUCUGUACACCAGUGUCAGCCUUUUGGUCACUUGGAUGUAGAUUACACAGCCAUGAUGAUGUGAGUUAUUACAGUGUAAUUGAGUUAAAUUGGGUUGUUUGCAGAGCAGUUGUAGAGCAAAAACAAAAAAGUGUCACUAACGUAAUUAUAUUUUUUCUAGAACGUCAAACAUUAAAUUAGACAAGAUAAUGAAGGAAUUAGAUGAAGAGGUAAGUGAUUUUUUGUGUGUGGUUUUAGUGGAAUUAGUUUCCCCCCAUUUUUUAAAAUGAUGGUGUUAGAAUUUUACUUGCAUACAUGUGAUUUCUUUCUUCAGUCAUUUAUUAUUACAAAUAAAACAAAUCUCUCUCUGAAGGAUUUCUUUCCUUUUGGGAGAAUGAGGAAAGUAAAGACUUGCACCGUGGAUUGCUUGUACAGAGAGACUUUUGCCAAGGUCUUGAUUCAUUUAUUUUAAUCUCUACUCUUGGAACGCUGUCUCUCUAGCCCAAGCAUGGCCAAACUUGGCCCUCCAGAUGUUUUGGGACUACAACUCCCAUCAUCUCCAGCUAACAGGACCAGUGGUCAGGGAUGAUGGGAACUGUAGUCCCAAAACAUCUGGAGGACCAAGUUUGGCCAUGCCUGCUCUAGCCUGUCAAGUUGAUGGGCGUGUGGCUAGUGACUGUAAAAAAGCCAAUAUACAGAUAACUCAUAUCAGUUUAAUACAGUAUUUUUAAAAAAUCUAACACAAUUAUGAUAUUUAUUGCUCUAUUUUAUUCUAAAACAUGAGAAUAUUUUCUUUCAAAGAUGGAUUAUGAAUUUCCUAAAUAAAAUAAUUUGGACCAGUUUCAACUAAAUCGUUGUCUGAGUGGGAGCCAGUGCAGUGAGUCCUUCUAGUGCAACAGGGUUUCCCCUCCUCUCCCUAUGCACCCACUUAGUUUGGCUCCCAGAACAGUGGGCAGGGAGAGAGAUAUUGUUCUGUCUGGCAAGCAGAAAUGCUUAUGCUGAUCAUAUUAGCACAACGUUGAAUUCCACUGACAGCUUCAUUGGGAUGAUUAGAACUUAAAUUUUCUACUAAAUUUAAAUGGUGAAAAAUUAAAUGGCAGUAUCUAUCUUGCAGGGCAGUCAGAGAAAAAAUUUGGAAUCAACAGUUACUCAGGUUGAAAAGGAAAAUAUGCUUCUGCAACAUAGAAUAAAUGAAUAUCAAAGAAAAAUUGAGCAGGAGAAUGAGAAACGUCGAAAUGUGGAAAAUGAAGGUAAGCUGUAUUUCCUUUCAGGAAGCACCUUUCAGGUAAGACUGAUGGUCCCUUUCGUAGGAUAUUUUUUGAACCGCAUAAAUAUCUUAGUAUUCCUUUCAACUGGGGCAUAUUUGUGUUUGAAUAUGCCUCAGAUCAGUGGUGGCUUGUUUUUUUCUCUUGCUGUAUAGAAAUAUUAGAAAAAAUACCUCCAAAAGACAUGCAUGUUUAUUUACAUUUAACAUUUCCCCUUUGCAUCUAGUGUCAACGCUAAAAGAUCAGUUGGAAGACUUAAAAAAAAUCAGUCAACAUUCACAUAUUACAAAUGAAAAAAUAACGCAGUUGCAAAAGCAAGUAAGCAAUUUUCUAUGCCUAUAUCUGCUUUCCCUCCAAAAUGUAUCAAUUUAGGGUAAAUGCAACAGAGCUGGAUGUAUUUGUUGUAUGAUGCCCACUGCUACCUUUUCUUAACUCCCCCUUCCCCUCCCAACAGCUUGAAGAGGCCAAUGAUUUACUGAGGACAGAGUCAGAUACCGCAGCAAGGUUGAGAAAGAGUCACACAGAAAUGAGCAAGUCAGUAAGUCAGUUUGAAGCCCUAAACAGAGAACUGCAAGAGAGAUGCAGAAUCCUGGAAAGCACAAAAUUACAAGUGGAAAAAGACUAUUAUCAACUUCAAGCUGCGCUGGAAGUGGAAAGAAGGGAUAGGAGUCAUGGAUCAGAAAUUAUUGGAGAGCUACAAGGUAAUAAUUUAAGACAAAGUAAAUCUAAUACAGUGGUACCUUGGUUUAAGAACUUAAUCUGUUCUGGAAGUCCGUUCUUAAACCAAAGCAAUCUUAAACCAAGGUGUGCUUUCCCAUAGCAGCAGGGGACUCAAUUUACAAAUGGAAGCCACUCAACAGGAAGUGAAACAUGUUCUUAUUCCAAGGCAAAGUUCACAAACCAAAACACCUACUUCCAGGUUUGCAGCGUUCUUAAUCUAAGUUGUUCAUAAACUAAGCUGUUCUUAAACCAAGGUACCACUGUAGUGCCUUCAGUUUUGUUUUGAUCAAAUAUAUGUAUGAAUUCAGUGUGCUUUCAAUACAGUGGUACCUCGGUUUACAAACUUAAUCCGUUCCGGAAGUCUGUUCUUUAACCAAAGCCGUUCUUAAACCGACGUUCGCAUUCCCUAAUGAGGCCUCCCGCCGCCGGUGCCCUUCCACUGUUCGGCUUCCGUUUGUAGACUGAGGUGAAGGUAAAGUUCCCUAACCGGAACACUACUUCCGGUUUUGUGGAGUUCGUAUACCGAAUAGUUCGUAAACAGGACUGUUCUUAAACCGAGGUACCACUGUACUGAAUUUUAAUCCAAGUUGAGAGCGUAACACUAACAUUAGAAACACUGUCUCUUUUUUUAAUUAACCAACGACCUCUGAUAUAUGUUAGGAGCUUUAUGUGGGUAAAUCAUAGUUUCGGUUUUGUGUGCAAGUACUGUGGCAGAUUAUACUAUUUAAUUGUUUAUGUAGCUCGGGUUACAUCUUUACAAGAAGAAAUCAAAGGUUUAAAGAACAAUCUUGAAAGAGUGGAAGAAGAAAGAAAGCAGGCCCAGGACAUGCUUAAUCAUUCUGAAAAGGUAAGAUCAUUAAAACAAUGAGGUAUAAAUUUCUUGUUCCUUGGAAUAAAGAUGCAUAUUUCUACAAAUCUAUAAAAAGCAGCAUGCAAAUGUGAUUGAUAGGAUGAUUUUAUAAGAUCUAAAUUAAGCCACUGUGUUUGAAUUUAAGUUUGUUUAAUUCAGUUGAUGUGAGUGGGAAUACGUUGGCUCAUUUUUUAUAUAGUUGUGGAUCAAGCUUUUAAGGGUGAUAGAAAUGUGGCAUUACUACCAAUGCAUCUAUUGUUGUUUUUAUUACUAUGAUACCAUCAAUGUAUAUAUAUUUUCACCAAGUAUUAUAGGGAAAAAGGACAGACUGUUACCCUAAAGGACUUUAAGUCUGUAUCUUGAUAGUUAGAGGUAGAGAAAAGCGAAUGUUUGAUUCAUUUAUGGGUGAGGAUUAAAGGAUUAAACCAAAAGCUUUAUGCAAAAAGUGGAGUUAGAUAAGAGAUGUUAGAGCAAGAGUUUUUGGGUCUCUAGGCAUAGCAGAAUUAAAGAGGCAAAGUCCUAGGAGUAAAAUUACUUGGGAUGCAUCUUGAAUCAGUGCUUGUGGUUGUCAAUAUAUAUUUUAACCAAAUUCAGAUGCAGUGAUCCCAAUUCCUAUCAGAACUUGUAAUAUAGGUGGUUUAACCCUUCCUCCAUUGCCAUCAUUGCCCUGAAAAAUCACCCCACCAAAGCUUCUAGGGACAAAGGAGGUUUAGUGGGGAAACGGUGCAUGGGGAAAGGGUAAUACAUCCUUUCAUGAGCUGUGGUCCCCAGAUGGGUUGUGGGAAGCCCAUGGCUACAUUGUGGGGGAGGAUAAUACAGAGAAACUCAAGCAUGGCAUUCAAAAAUACAUUUACAAAUAACUUGCGACUUAACCCCAGAUAAAGAGACACCAGCGCAGGGCAGAGCUGUUAAUCAUUUGUGAAAUUCUAAGCGUCCUCAAUCAUAAAUAUUUGUGGAUUGUGUGUGCUAAAAGAAGUAUGUGUGUGCAUAACUUGGUCGCUCGCUUGCAAUGUAGCAGUUCAUUAUCAUAUUUUCAGUUAAAAAAAAAAGAAAGCUGAGGCAGAUGGGAUUACAAAAAGCUAUUGAGUGUCAUGAAAUCUGAAUGUGUUUUUUUUUAGAUUAAGGAUGGUAUGGUGUUCUUAACCUAACUUCAGCUUAUAAAAAUAUCUUACAGGAAAAGAAUAAUUUAGAGAUUGAUCUAAACUACAAACUCAAAAUAUUACAGCAGCGUUUAGAGCAAGAAGUAAAUGAGCAUAAUAUAAAUAAAGCUCGUUUAACUGACAAGCACCAGUCAAUAGAAGAGGCCAAGUCAGUUGCAAUGUGUGGUAAGUUUUUAUAACGUUUGUUUGUUCAUAUAGCAUUUAUAUACUGUCUUCCAAGGCAUGUUUACAGUUUUAAAAUACUAAAACAAAUAAGUAACUAGAGUCCAACUGGAGCAGGCCAUGAUGUUGACUUUACCUGCCUCCUUCACUCUUUUCCUUCUCACAGGGAAGACCAUGUCCAAGUUUAAAGUACUGUUAACUGUUUGUAUAUUUUUCCUUUGGAUAAUUACAGGAUAAACAUGCCAGUUACGUAUAUAAUAAAGAAAUGACAGCUGCAAUGUUACUUGUAAGUCAGUAGGAGAAAGGCACAAAUUGGAUUUGUGUGCCUUCAAAUGUCUCUUUCCUAUCCAGUCAUUAAACAAAAUGCUGCCUGUGGAAGCAGUCCUAGUGAAAUGCUCAAUAAAACAGUGCUGAAAUGGAAAGUAUGUUUCUAACAGUAUUAGCGCACAAGUAUUACUUGUUUAUUCCUCACAGUCAUCACUAGUUUUAUCAUUAUACAAAUUACACACACACACACACACACACACACACACGUGUAUAUAUAUAUAGAGAGAGACAAACAAAUUUUAUUGCACAAACAUAAUAAAUUAAUAAAAUAAUAAAAAUAAAGUAUCUACUUAAGGCCCCUUUGAAUAGAUAAAGAACACUAUGAAUGAGACAUACAAUGAUUCUCCAUAAACUGUCUAAGUUAAAUUACAUAAUUCACAAUUACAAUAUGUGGUACAGCCAACAAUGCAGCUGGAUCAUAAGGGACUCACAAAUGGGGAUAGUGCUGUUGCACUCAGAUUCUGCUUAUGGAGUUCCCAUAGAUAUUUGGUUGGCCAUUGUAAGAACAGGAUGCUGGAGUGGAUGAGCCUCUACUGGUGGCCAUUCUUAUGUUAUUAAGGGGAAUAGACAAAUGUGUGGAAGUUAAAUCUAUCAGUGGCUACUAGUCAUUUAGUCAUUGCAUGCUAAGUCCAGGAUUGGAGGCAGCAUGCCUUUAAAUACCAGUUGCCAGGGAACAACAGUGGGAGAGGGCUCUUGCUCUCAUGGUGCUUAUGAUUGGCUAGUGUGGGAAACAGGAUGCUAGGCUAGAUGAACUUCCGGUCUAAUUCAGCACACCUCCACUCACAUUCAAACAUUUGGCAAUUUUUUGUAGAUUACGAAGAUGUCUUGUCAGUCGGGUAUCUUCACUGUCCUCAUGAGUGUUGAAAUAGUUUAUUUUUCCUCACUACUUGCAAAUAGUUUUGAGUGCUAAGUCUUACUGCCCAUGGUAGUAAAGAAGUGGUGAUGGGGCUAAUAGUCAAGGAAGAAACUGCCAGUACAUAUAAUAAUUCUGGACAGUUUUAGUAUCUGCUAUGGCUGCUUACACCACCUAAGUCUCGCCUCCCCACCACUCCCCACAUCAGAUUAUUGUAACUAAUUGGCCAAUGUCUGUAGACAGUGUGGGGUGUCUGGUCAGGUACCACUGCAAAUGUGGAAGCUCUGCCCAUUUAGUAUGCAGAGCAGCCUGCAUAAAAUUCUUUUAUUGGAAUUUUUUUAAAGAUGUACUAUCUUUGGUCCUUUAGAAAUUGAAAAAAAGGUGAAAGAAGAGCGAUCAGCAAGAGAGAAGGCAGAAAAUCGAAUAGUCCAGAUUGAAAAACAAUGUUCCAUGCUAGACUUUGACUUGAAGCAAUCUCAACAGAAGCUGGAGCACCUUAGUGAACAGAAAGAGAGACUAGAAGAUGAGGUAAUAAAAAGUGCUUAAGUUAGUUGCUAUAAGUUUGAGGUACUUAAGAAAACUUAACUUUCUUCAUAUCCCUUUAAGCAGAAAACUCCUCAAACCUCCGCUUUUGCAUGUGGAUGCAAAUCCAAUUUCUGAAUUCAUUUCCUCCCAAUUUAAUGUAAUUGGAAAUGUUUUCUCAAUUCAUGCAAUUUGGAUUCUACGUGCCAUGUAUUUUGCACUACAAAGCUUUGCUACAAAAUAUGCUAAUGAAAUUGGAAAUACAUAGAGAAAUGAUGAUUAUAAAAUUAGUAGGACCUUUCUUUUGCUGUAUUGUGGGGGAAAUCAUGGAGGGGGAUUCAAAAUUUAGAAUUGAGGAAGAUGGGCUGCUUUGUAAAGCAAUUCUGUAUGUUGCUGUACAUUCUGUUGUACAUGGACAUAAAGGCAGCUUAGGCAACCACACAACUUGUUUUGCAUGCUCAAGGCAGUUUGUGUGUGCGUGCAGAGGCUUGUGUAGUGUUCAAGUCUUGUGUGUGUGAUGGCAAACUGCUUUCAAACCUGAACACACUUUCAAAAGCAGCUUUUGAUACUGCAUUGAAUGCUGCUGUAUAAAGAAAAAAAAUGUUUAAAUGCUGGCAUUAACUUAUUUAUGAAAUAUUACUACUUUUAAAGAAACCAGAAAGCCUUUUCUAUUGGCUAAAAUAUUUUAUUGUGCGGUUAGGUUAAGAAUAUCACACUUCAGCUGGAGCAUGAGAUUAAUAAGAGAGUGAUGGCACAGAAUGACCUGAAGAGUCAUGCUAUAGAGGCAGAUAACUUAAAAAGUUCUGAGAAGCAGCUAAAACAGGAGAUCAACACAUUGUUGGAAGCGAAGAGAUUAGCAGAAUUUGAGUUGGCUCAACUGGCAAAGUAAGUAAACUCAAUUUAGAAUCAGCUGCUUCACCCCAUAAUAUUACAAAUUUUACUGAGUGCUUUUCUGUAUUCAAAUAUGCAUACAUUUCAGUACAUGAAUAUCUUUGUUUAGUAAUAUCUGUUUAUAUGAUCAUAGGAGCGUCGUGCUCAUAUGCAGAGCUCUUUCUGUGUGAUAGGGUCUGAUUAAAGUACAUUCUGUACAGGUUAAUGUUAUAAAAGUAGAUGCCACAGGGUUUGUUUCCUGUCUUUUAGGCAGAAGUGCUCUGCUUAUUUUCUAGUUGUCUUACAAAUGAACUAAUCAAAAUGAAGCACUUCUUCCAGUUUGAAGUUUCAGCUGAAAUUCAUUUGAGGGAACGUAUAACCUUAAAUUAAAACCUUGGAGUAAGGUGAAUCCCUUCAGAAGUUUAAGCUGUCUUAUUUCAUACUUCAUGCACAACUUGGAUGUUUUGUUACUUGAUUAACCAGCACUUGAUGACUGAUAGUUUAUUGUAUAAACUCAUUCAACUGAGAAGUAUUUUAUUUGAAUGUGUAUUAGGGAUUUGAAUGCUUUGUCAAAAAUGAGAGAUUUUUUGAAUUUGGUGGUGGGGAGCAGAAGUCUGCUGAUUGACUAGCUAAUGUGGGGAUGGGAUAGAGAGGGUUGUGUGGGUUAAAAUUUACCAGCUAAUAUGCUGCCAGCAGGCCUUUGGCUAAUAUGUAGAAUGUUCUUAAUUAUUUUUCUCCUCUCAAAGGCAGUACAGAGGGAAUGAAGGCCAGAUGCGUGAACUGCAAGAUCAACUAGAAGCCGAACAGUACUUUUCUGUAAGCUGUCCACUUGUACAUUACGCAAGCAAUUUUUAUGAGUGAUGAUAUGGUAACAUUGUAUAAACCCAAUAGUAGUGACUUUCUAUAUUAGCUUCAUAUAAUGUUUGUGCCUGGAGAGGGGAAAUGGGUAAAGAGGUAAUGAUAAGGACAGGACAAACAGGCAGAAGUGGAAGACAAUGUGCAGAUAGUGCUAGCAACCCUCAGGGCCACGGUUUCGUAGUCAAUGCAACAAAAAGCAACUAUAUCCUUUGGGAUGUAGCAUUUGGGAGCCAUCAAAAUCAGGGUGGUCACUUGCUGACUUCUGCUAAGGAUAUCAUAUGUAAUGAUGUUAGUUCAGCUGUUGAAUUUGAUGGCAUUAGUUAUAGGGAUCACACCAUGGGCCAUACACCACUCCUGACCCUCCUAGUAUACAAAGACAUCAUAGCCAAUUGUAGACAUUGGCAGAUCCUCCUGGUGGCCUAUAUCAAAUGGCCCUCUCGGUGGUGGGGCAACUCCAGUGCACCUGAUAGCAGGGGUUCCCCUAAAGAACCUACCACCCCUAACUAUCACAAUGGAUGCUAGCCCCAGGAACUGGAAAACCCACUAGUGGGCCAGCAUGUCCAGAGCAGGAGGACCAGGCCAGAAGCCCAGCAUUCUUGUCAAGUGACUGGAGCUGUGAGUUGCCCACCUGAUGCUGAAACACCUCACCCACACAUUGCUCAUCUCUGAUGUUCAAAUAUGGAUGGACAACACAACCAUGAAAGUCCACAUUACAGGUAGGAAGGAACCAGAUUGUUGCCCCUUCACCUGGAAGCCUUCCAUACACUAGACUGGGCAGUGAUGCAUCUGACUUAACUCACAUUGGAGCAUAUCAUUGUAGUUUCUGGUGAAGGUUAUGAUUUUAUAGGAAUUUAUAGACUUAUUCUCUGUUGCUUGCUUUAUUGCUUUGGUUAAUCAUAUUUUAAACCUCUCUGAGAUAUUGCCUAUACCUGUCAGGGUGCUGUCAGCGACUCCCAGCUGAUUGCUUAGGGAAGGAUGAAGACAAGGAAAAGUUUUUUAAAGCCCUUUUUUAUUUCAGACUUUACAGAGGGAGGCUAUAGAACCCAGCCUCUUGGAUAAUGGCAUUGUCCUGAGUGAAUCUCCACCCCACCUUCUCUCCUACUUCCUCAUUCUUCUUCAUCAUCAUCAUCUCCUGUCGCUAUGUGCCCUCUGUCUUCAAGCUCUUUGCUCUCCUACUUUUAAGGAUUGCUGGGUUCUUUGAGAUGGUGGGUCUAGAAUGCUUUCUAGUGACGUGUCAGCCAGCUGCCUGCUCCUCCUCCUCCCAUUAUUUCCCAACUUUCCCCCCAUCUGUCCCUGAGCUUUGACCUCCUGCAAACCACAGUUGUAAAUUUACAGUGUCUUCCUCUUCCUCCUCCCUGGAAGGGUCAGGAUGGGGAGGCUGUUUCCACCACUACUCCUCCUCUGCCCAAAUCCCUGACAAUAACUGAAAAGUGUUUAAUAAAUGCUCGGAAUGAUAGAAGAAUAUGCAGUAAGUAGAAAAUAAUGUGCCAGUAUUUUCUAUUACAUAUGCAACAUUGUGUCCUGUAAUAAGGAAUGUCUGAAUGGUUUGACAUAUUAUUGAGCACAAUAUGAUAGAUUUGGGUUUGCUUUUUUAAUUUGCAGACUCUAUACAAAACUCAGGUUAAAGAACUUAAAGAAGAAAUUGAGGAGAAGAAUAAAGAAACCCAGAAAAAAAUACAGGAAUUACAAAAUGAAAAGUAAGUAAAUGAUUACAAAAUGAAAAGUAAGUAAAUGAUAGAAGCACAAUCUCUCCAUUAUUAAGCACCUGCUUAUUUUAAUUAGAAAGUGAAGCAUGUACUCAGCCCCUCUAAUUGUGGAAACAUUUCUGCUUCAUGUUUCUCAGGAGAAUGCAUAGAGUGUGUUUUUAAUUUUGCCUAGAAAUAAAAUGUUAUCUUCAUAAAAUAGUAGGACAUUACAUAUGCUAGAAGUGUAGGUAUACAAGGUUGUACUUGAGUAAAAACUGUACAUUUUUAUUUGUUUUUACUCCCAAGUUAGGACAGAGCAGAACAGCAUAUUCUAGAAUACUGUGGACGCAGUAUAUGUUGACACAAAUUUUAGUUCUGCAAGCAAAUAAAAAAUACAAGUAUCUAAUGAUUGUAACAUACAGAGGGACACGAGAAGAAGACCUUGCUCUUUCCCCCUGCAAUAGGACCUGUGUUGCCUGGAAUAGACUUUUUGUUUUGUGUUUUAUUAAAAAGACAACAUGGCUCAUAUUUUGUUUGGGAAAAGUAUGUAUAAUUUAUAUGCUACAUUUAUUUCAUACCUUUCAAUCAAGGAGCUCAAGGUAGCAAAUAUAAUUCCACCCCAUUUUGUUUUCCCAACAACUCUAUGAGAUAGGUUAGCCUGGGAGAUAGUGACUGGUUCUCUGCAGUCUUAGUCUUUAAACACUAUACAUUACUACUUUGGAAAAAAAUAUUAACUUUCUGUUGUAGAGAAACUCUUGCUGCACAGUUAGAUCUGGCUGAAACAAAAGCUGAAUCUGAGCAGUUGGCCCGAGCUCUCCUUGAGGAGCAGUAUUUUGAAUUGACUCAGGAGAGCAAGAAAGCCGCAUCACGAAACAGACAAGAAAUUGCCGACAAGGAUAAUAUUGUAAGCCGGGUAAGUUACUGUGCAAUAAACACAUUACAACACAACUUGCUAUCUUGUAUCAAAAACAUCUUUGAAUCCUCUAUUUUAUACUCCUUAAAAAAUUUAUUCCAGAGGUAUGUAUUGCUCUGAUGUGCACUAGAAGUUCUGUUUUCCGUAGUGGAGAAUGGAGAACACAUAACAGGGUUAACUCCCUUCCAGCCAGCCAGUAGUGCUUUUCAAGUUUUGACCCUGCCUCAGAGAGAGUUAACCCCUUCAUGUGUGCUUCCAUUUCCCACUGAACAGAAGGGCACUUCAUGGUAAGGCUAACUUUCUGAUUUCAGUAAAGGGAGCUGAGACAUUCCAUGCUUUACAUAUGUGUCCGAGCUGUCAGGAAUGUUCCUCAGCCAAAAAAAGUGCCAUAAUUUCCUGUCUAUAAGACACCCCCAUGUAUAAGACUCCCCCUAUUUUGAGGGACUCCGAUUUAAGAAAAUGGGGAAGAUGGCCUCCGUGUAUAAGACCCCCACAUAUUUGACAUUAUUUUUAAGGGGGAGGACCUAGUCUUAUACAUGGAAAAAUACAGUACAUGACACACCUGUUUCGUGUCUAGGCAGCUAUUCCCAGAUCUGUGCCUUGUGGAACAGUUGCAGCAAGAGGGACCAUGCCUCUUCCACCAGCUUAUUUAUCUUCCCCAACAGGCUAUGCACACACUACUGGAUACUAUACCUGUGUGUGAGCUGCCUCUGCUCUUCCUGCUUCAGUUCUCUCCUGGUUCUGGGAGACAUUGGUGCAGAAGAGGGUGGGAAGCACCCAGCCUUUCACUUGCCUGUUCUGUCUUUUCUUCCUCUCCCUCUGGCUCUGAAGCUUCCUCUGCCUUUGACUCUUGCUUCCUGGUUGGUACAGGUCCCCACAAAUAACUUUCCCCUUUGCCCUAGUCAGACUCCAUCCACUCCCCCCCUCCCCCGCCCAGUGCACACUCGUCAGCAUCCUGCUAGCUCCUGGCAGUUCCCUUGCCUUGACAUACAGUGGUACCUCGGUUUUCGACCAUCUCCGUUGACUAACAUUUCGUAACUCGAAUGCUGUAAACCCACAAGUAAAUGCUUUUGUUUUCAAACACACCUCAGAAGUCGAACCGGAAAUGUGGCUUCCGUCUUGAGUUUUCCGUCUUGAGUUUUCUGUUUUGAGGCUUCCAUUUUGAGUUUUGAGAACUCGUAUGGUCUUCCAGAAUGGAUUAGGUUCGAAAACCAAGGUACCACUGUAUUUGAAUCAGUGUUAAGUUUUCUAAAGUUUCUUUACAUAGCAAAGCACUGUAUGUGAUCUUUUCGCACAUCACAAAAUAUGUCUAGUAGAGAAAAGAUCUGCAGAAACUAGUCCAGAUUUUUAAAAGGAUAAAUUAUGAGAUGACAAAUUGUUACCGGUCAAGUGUUUGUAAUGUGCUUAUUGAUUUCAGUGGUUUAACAAAGCCUUCCCCCUGUCUUGCUUAGCUUGAAGAAACAAAUAAUACAUUAACCAAGGAUGUGGCAUUUCUAACAAAAGAAAAUUCUGAACUAAAUGAGAAGAUUAAGAAAGUGGAGGAAGGUAUGUGAUAAUUUCCACAUCAAUGGCCAUAAAAGAUUAAUUUUGAAAUAUAUCAAAGCCUUUUAUACAUGGAGAGCAGUUCUUUUUUCAGUGGGUUAGGUCCAAACAUCUCUUUCCACAAACAGAAGGGCUCCUAGUGCCUGAAGGCAGGAAAUGCACCAAGUUGAGGAAGUACUGUAAGUGGCUUGAAGUCCUCAACUCCAGUCUAUUUCCUGCCUUUGUCCGAGGCGGUCUUUGGUGUUAGCCAGGGGUUGGCAAGGUUUACCUCACCUGGGCCAGUUCACUCCAGUGGAGAUCCCUCUGUGGGCUGGAUCGCGCACACGCAUGAGAGUGCGCCCGUGAUUUUCGGUGCCUGCGUCUGUGCAGAUGUGAUUCCGGCACUGCGGAAGCGAGUGUACAGUACUUAAAUUUCUCAAUUACCAUCCUAGAUGGUAAUUUUCUGAGGUCUUAGUUUUUAUCUAAUAUCUAGAAUAGUUUCUUCUAAUUUCAUUUAGGCACCGUACCAAUCCAUAAUUUGAUUGUGUUCUGCCUUUUUGUAAUUGAAAUUUGUUUUUUGGAUUGAUUGCUUUGUUUUUAUGUGACUCACCAUAGUGGAAAGGUGGGAUAUAAAGCUUCUCAUAAAACAAAUAAAUAGGGUGGUAUCUGACUAAAUCAUCCUAAGAGUACAAAUAUUGAAUCAUUCCAGAAUGAUUAUGCACUGGCAUAACCAUUUGGUUACAUUAAUAAAAAUUAAAUAAUGAUUGAUGGGAGAGGGAACCAAGUAAGGUGCAGUUAUUUCAAUGUCAUAAAAGGCCUUGCUUAACUUUAAUACUUAAUAUUGUCAACAGAUUAUAUAUUGAAGAAAGAAGAAGAAAUAAAUACCAUAAAAAUGCAGUAUGAAAAGAACUUGAACACUGAAAGAACCCUUAAAACACAGGUAUUUGUCUUUUUUUUAUGCUGUGUUAAACUACAUUCUGAAAGAUUUUAUUAGCCCUUCAUAUGUUCUGCUGUUUUCACUACAAACAAGGAUGAAAGGUUUCGAUUAUGAUUAUAUACCCACAGCAUUUCCCCAUUUGUCUUAGCUGUGGUCUUACAAAAUGUGUUAUCAAGGUUAAACUUAGUCCAAAAUAUAAAAACCAUAAGCAAUCAUCACAAUAAGACAAUUACAUAAAAUAUCAAAUAAAUGAACAGUUUAACAACCAGUAUGAAAAGUAACAAUCGGAACCAGAGUUCCUCAGUGCUAUAUCCUUUUCUGUAUCUCGAAAAUGUAAAAUGAAGCUUAGGCAAAUCUUUCUGGGCAUCAUAAUAAACCACAAGGCUGGCUGCUUUGUGGCGUUGUAAAGCAUAGACUUUAGUUCUCUGUUCCUGCAGGACUGAACUGGUUAAAGGGUUUCUGGUAGCAGAGCUGGGAAGUGCUGUUGCUAGAGUAGACAGUGUUGGACUAAAUGGACCAAGGGGCUAGUUCAGCAUAAGGCAACCACUUAUGUUUAUUGGGUCAUGCUAUGCUAGUAUUUCCCUACAUAGCUCGUGAAGAAUAAUGGGCUAAAUGGCUUAGACCCAUAGAAAUAUAUGAGAGCCAUAUAUUUAUUUCACUAAUUGAUAAUGCUUUGUAAAAUGUUUAAUUUGUGAGCAAGACUCAAAUGUCAUCAUUGGUUAGAAUAAUUCCAAGAGGUUGGGGCCCAUAUAUGUGCUUAUAUUUUUUAUGUCUAUUCAAAUUUGUGCAUAUUUGUUUGAUACAUAACAGGCUGUCAACAAACUGGCUGAAAUUAUGAAUCGCAAAGAUUUUAAGCUAGAUAGAAAGAAAGUAAACAUGCAAGACUACAAGAAAAAAGAGAAGGAAAAUCGGAAGUUACAAUUGGAACUUAACCAAGAAAAAGAGAAAUUUAAUCAGAUGGUAAUAAAAUACCAGAAGGAGCUUAAUGAAAUUCAAGCGGUAAGACCUUUUCCCUUUUUUCAUUUGGUUUUUAUAUAGUCCUGUCAAAUACAUUCACUGAUGGUUUUCUGCUUAAAAGCUAACAUAUAUGAGAAUAAAAUGGUGUUCAGGACUCAGCUUGUCUGUCUAAACUCUACUGUGGAGUAUAUUGUUCAACUAAAGAGUUUUCAGAUGAUUACUAUCAUGCACGAGGAAGUAGCAGGACAAAGUUAAUCUAACAGAGCAACCAAGGCAGUUUCUGUGCCAAAACUGGUGUUAAACCUGACCCAAAACUGGAAAAUCUCUCAUUUAAGAGACUGAAAUUAGCCAGUGAUGAUAUUGUAUACUAGUAAAUAAUUUUGUUUCUGCAAGGAUGUGAUGAUAGUUCUGCAAAUAAUGAACAUUUUGUUUGGCUCAGUUUGAAUUUUAAUACCUCGUGUUCUUAACAAAUUAGUUCAUACAAAUAAUAUUCCCCACAUUUUCUACUGAAUACAGCAAAUUGCGGAAGAGUCUGCACAUAAGAAUGAACUUCAGAUGCAGUUGGAUAGCAAGGAAAGUGAUAUAGAACAACUGCGCAGUAAAAUUAAUGACUUACAACUAGGCAUGGACUCAACUAGUGUUGCCAGCCUUCCGCCAGAUGACACUGAUGGGAAUGUUAUAGGUAAGAGGCAUGGAUGUUUUGCUUACUAUUUAUGUAUCUUGUUCACCAGGCUUUUCGUCUCUAUAUAGAUAAGCUAUCACCUUUUCUUUUUUUAAACAACCUUUGGCUUUAUUAUUUUACAUUUCUUUUGUAGAUAGAAGAUAAUAUGGUUUAAAGGCAGGAUGCAAAAUUCUCUGCAUACUUCUCUAUAGAGAAAAUUUAAAAGCUUGAAUUCCCAUUUAGAUAAUUCCUUAGUAUGCAGCUUGCAAGUUGUCUUUUUUUAUACAGUAGCUGUAGAUGUGAUAACUGCAUUUACCAUCAUUGUUUAGUUAGAGUAGAUUUACUGUGGAUUAUAUUUCAUUGCACAAAUAAUUAACAAGUCCACUUCCCUACAUGUACUGUUGCAGUAGAAAAAAAGCAGCUACAGGUCUGUUAAUACUAUGUUUUGUGAUAUGGAUUUUAAAAAAAAUCUUAAUUAUAUUUAUAUGUAUGAUCUAACUACUGCAAAGAAUAAAGCCCCUGACAAUUGUAAAGUACCUGUUUCUUAGCUCCCUUUUUACAAUUACUGUAUAUCAAAAUAACUGACACAUCAAGAUUGAAUUGUUUUCUGAUUCUUGAUAACAAAAUUAAUUGGGUCAUUUCAGUUUAUAUUAUUUUAUGCUUUUAAGCUGUCUUUUAACUGAUUAAAUUAAUUAAUUAAAUUAAGUCUGCAUCACAAUAGCAGACUUCCACUCAUUUUCAUUUCUCUUCUUGGCCUGCAUGCCCCCAAAAUCUGCUCUGGAGGAUCUCCCAACUCUCUGGAGCAGACUAUAAGGGUGUACAGAGGGCUGCAGGGUGGAGAACAGGAAGGUGAAGUCACAUUGCAAGUCCUUUCUGCUCACUCACAGACAAAAAUAUAUAUUAAAAAUGAAACAUCUUAAUUAAUAGUGGACAGAAUGGCCGAGGGAUUAAUUACCUAAUUAUUUCUUACUUGGUUGACAGUUCUAUUUAAAAAGUAUUAGAUGGGAAAACCUAUAUAACAGGAACCCGGAGGUAAGGAAAGAUAGGAAAAACAAUAUAUAGAUUAUAAUUUCACAUCAAAAUCUGUAAUGUGAACAGUUCAAGUUUUAAAAUGUAACAGUUAUUCUGCUCAUUUACAUGUGAUUCACCCCAUCUGGCCAGAUUCUUUAUCUCUAGUCUCCAGUGAAGUUCAUUUAGAAUUGGAUUCCUAGAGACUGAACACUACAGCUAUCUUUUCUGACUCCUCCACCAGAUUGUUUAUCUUCUUUAGCCCUAUUCAGAAGUUAGACGUGUGCAGUGCUUUAUUUGAAAAAAACGAGUUGCCGAUACACCCACCCCUCACCCCUUUGCCUGCCUCCUCCUCCUCCACCACUGCUUCCCACCCACCUCCACCCCCAGAGGCAUUUUGGCGUGACCUACCAAAGCAGGUCUGCCACAAAAUGGUGCGGCUAGAGCAGCCCACAGAGCAAGGAAAGGAGGAAAAAGAAGUGGCGUUGUUCUAGCCAUGCCACUUUGUAGUAGAGCACAGCAGUCCUCCUCUACCACAAAGUGGCGUGCCUGGAGCGGCCCACUAGUCAAAGAAUGGAGGGGUAAGAAAGUCGGCCACUCUUGCCGCCCCACUUUGUGGUAGACCCACUUUGGUCCAAAAUGGCUGUGGGGAAGCGGUGGAGGAGGAGGCGAAAAAGAGGUGGCGGUACAAUGUACUGCCGCAUACUGCCUAAAAAAACCAACCUUGACAUGUGAAUGGGAAGCAAGGUCGUGCUGAAUAUCUGAAAAGCUCAUGCACCGACUUUGUGUAUGCUGAGUAUUCCUGCCUCCUGGUGUCUGAGCAUACAGUGUAUAAAUAUAUGUUGAGACAAAGCCUUUGUGUGUACAGUUGUACGUGCAAAGAAUUCAGCACAAUCUUGAACCUCAGUUAUGAUGGGUUCCAGAUCACAUGGAAGUCAGUUGUGUGCACAAAGGCUCCAUCCACACAGAUAUUUGUGCUGUAUGUGCAGAUGCCAGAGGGCAGGGCUAGUUGGUGCACAUGAUGUUGGGGGGCACAGCUACUUGGCACAGCCCUGCUCAUGCGCUGGUUUCAUGUGUGAGCAGAAUUUAUGAAUAGUGUUAUGUAUUGUAUUCUUUAAUGGACUUCAUAUUGAAAAGCAGCAGCUUUCAUUCCUAACUGCGGCUUGCUAUCUCUUCCUGUCUUCUUAUCGUGAUGUAUAAGCAUCUUUCCAGAUAGUGGUUCUGCAUACUAUUAAUUCUGAUUGUGUUCAUUUUUUGUUUAUAAUGUGUUGAGAGUUUCAGUGGGGAGUACAGCUGAAAGUAAAGAACCUCAGCCUGGGCUUAAAAGUCCCACUUUAGCCUAGACUCACUCUGUAAUCAGAGGUCACUAGCUCUCAGCCCCAGUACCCUGUCAUUAAACUUGCAUCCAGUAAAAAAUGAUUUUUUAACUGCUAGGAGCCAGGUGAAAACAUUCUUCUUUAACCAGGCCUUUGGCUGUUUAAAAAUCUAUGGACUUUUAAAUGUGUUUGCCUGUGUGAAGAAGAUGAUGAUGAUGAUGAAUAGUAUUUUGUGGUUUUAUGUUGUCAACCACCCUAUAAUCUUUGGAUGAAGGGCGGAAUAUAAAUUUAAUAGUAAUAAUAUUUUUCAGUCAACACUUGGUUCUGAAACAGUAUCCUGAAUUUGGGAUACAUGUGGCAGGGUUCUCUCUCCCUGCCCCAGGUUAGAAUAUCACCAGCUGGCAGUUACUUGUAAUGAAAUUUGGUGUUACAAACAUCAGUCCUUUUUAUAAGCAUUUAGAGAACCUUUAGCCUUUUAUAUGAUUAUGUAGGAAUCUUACCACAGACUAAAAAAUGUUGUAUGAAAACUAAAUAAACUGCUUCUCUCUUAUUCUUUAUAUCUAGCUGAUUCUUCCUGCAUUCCUUAUUUAUUUCUCUUCUAUUCUUACCUUCUGUGAGUAAUGGGACAAGUGGGUACUUUGUGUUUGCUCUCCUGCUUUUUUUGUUCAUUGUGAACUGUGGCUUUCAGUUACUAUACCUUUAUGCUUAGUAUUUCAUCUUCCCUUUCCUAGUGUUACAUUAUAUUUAUGUUAAAAUUUUUAAUAAUACUAUGAUUCAUGCUAUACCACCAUUUUCAGACCAAAGUCUGGUCUGGCUGUUUCAAAACUUUGCCAUUGAAACAGUAUUUGAUGUUACCCUUGUAAACCCUUUUGCUGCUUAUCCUGCAAUAGGUUUAUUGCCAUGGAAAAUGAAUUUGUGACUAAGCAUGAAAAAUGCUUCAAUCCUGUUUUUUAUUUAGCUGUGGCUUUUAUUCCUGCUUCAGCAGUCUAUUUGGUAAUUGCUAAUGGCUGCAUGAAAUUUAUUUUCUUAUAGUUCUCUGUUAUUAAAGUGUUGCCUAAUAUGUCCCCCAACAGAGUCAAGAAUGGAGGGCUGGCUUUCAAUACCAAACAAAGGAAAUAUAAAACGUCAUGGAUGGAAGAAGCAGGUAUAUAAGAAUUCUAUUUUCUUUUGAAGCAUAAGCCAAAUCAGAUAUUAAAUUAUACAGCUUACAUCCAACGCAUGGGUAGAAAACGUUUGAUGCAUACUAAGACACGCAUGCACAUGCUGAAAAAUAAUUGGUUAUGUAAAACCAUUUAUGCUGUACAAAAAAACAACAACCCAGGCCAUCUAGUUAUCAUUUAUUCUAUCUGCAUAUUUUUGAAAAUAAUUUAAACUGAGUAAAAAUCAGUAUAUAUGUGUCAGGGAACUGCCAUCGGAAGGAAGGGAGGUGAAAGGACUCAGACAGGUUGGAAGAGAUUCAGCAGCUGAAGAGGGAACCAGUAAGGGGAGAGAAGCUGAACUGAGGGAGGUGAAAGGGCUCAGACAGGUUGGAAGAGACUCAGCAGCGGAAGAGGAAACCAGCAGGGGGAGACAAUCUGAACUGAGGGAAAGGGAGCUGGGGGAUGGCUCAGAGAUACUUCCAGCGAAAACAGUGGUGAGGUUUCCGGACCUCCUGUAGCGACACCCACUCCUCGCCGGAAACUGUCACGCAGAGAGUCCAGAAGACGUGUUUCCGUUAAGGAGCUUUUAUGUUGGAAGCGAUUACGAAAGCAACCACUGUCGGAAUCUUCUAGUGACUAAGAGGAGCCAUGUCAGAGGGGCUCAGUCACAGACAGAGGUUUGUGGACUUGAACAAACUCUGAGGGAAUACGAUUUUACGCACAAGCAGCUCAUAAUCCCAUCACAGCAUUCCGACAGUCUUUGAACGCAGCUUGUGCAGGAGACGGCAUAAUAAUGAGCAACCCAGCAGGAACCGGAGAAGCAGGGGCUGGAGCGGGUCCAAGCCUGGAAGAAAGGUACCGGGUGUUAGAGGUCCAGCUGGCGCUGCAGACGGCGAGGCUGGAGGAGAGGAGGGCUCAAGAUGCAGACAAAGGGAGAAAGCCACCCAGCUCGCCAGAAAGGUACCAGGAUUGGUGCAAAAAUUUGGGGGGGAGCCCAAAGACUAUCAUAGCUUUCGGACAGAAAUGCAAUAUGCCCUCAAUCUGCAGUUUGAUGAUUUCCCUGAUGAGGAAUCACGAGUGGCUUUUGUGAUUGGGCAUCUUGAAAGGGGGCGAGAGACUGGGUUAGACCCCUGAUGGCAGCGAAUAGUGACGUCUUAAAAGACACGAUGAAGUUCUUUCGCGCCAUGGAUCUGAUGUUUUCCAGCGAUAUUGAAAAGGGAGUGGUGCGCAGACAGUUAAUGGCUUGCAAACAGGGAGCCGAUCUGUACGUGAGUACUGGACUGAGUUCACCAUGCUGAUACACAGAUUGGGGUGGGACUUAUCGGCGGAACCCAUUCAAAUGCUCUUUGAAGAAGGGCUUUCUUCGGCUGUGAAAGAUGAACUUUCCCGGGCGCCCAGGGCGGAGUCUAUGGACCAGCUGACCAAAUCAGCGCUGGCCAUAGGAGCGCGCCAGGAGGCGAGAGCAUUGGAGAGGCGGGAAGGGAAGGGGAACGUUGGAAGGAGUUCCGCAUUCCAGACAUUCCAGAGCCAACUGUCCCGCCGGCAGAGCCGAUGGAAAUCGGAACAGCGCGCGCGCGCAGUUUCAAAGCCCAGUGAGGGGGAAAGAAGGAUGGAAAAGGCGCCCGGAAAUGCUAUCUCUGCCAACAGCCAGGGCACUUUGCCAGAGUCUGCCCCCAGAGGAAGGAAUGGCAAGGGAUGGUGGGAGCUGUGGAGGGAAGAGAGGAAAAAUACCGGAGCAACUAAAAGCCAACGCCUGGCUGCCAUUGUCGGGGCACAGCAGCCAGGCCAAAGAGCAGUGAAAGUGCCCACUCCAGAACCUCCUAAACCCGCCCUAGUGAUAGAAGUGACACUAGAGCUCCCAAACGGACACCCUCUAAAGAUAAAGGCGCUGUUGGACUCAGGCAGCUCCUGCAAUUUCAUGAGCAAAGAGUUUGCAGCUGAACACCAGAUACAGACGCUCCCUUUAAGCAACCCCUGCAGGUAACCACGAUCGAUGGCAGGGAGCUGUUGGGAGGAGAAGUCAGCUUGCAGACCGUCCCAAUGAUAAUGAAGGUGGCAAGGCACACUGAACUGAUAGCUUUUAAUGUGGCCACCUUGGGAGGAGCUCCCAUUAUAUUGGGGAUGAGCUGGCUAGCGUUACAUGAUCCGCUGGUGGGCUGGCAUCAGAGAGUGGUUUCUUUUGGGUCAGCACAUUGCUUAGAACAUUGCAAAGAGGGAAAGGUUUUGGCAGGGGCCCAAGCCACCCUAGCAGGGACUGAAGUGAAGGAGAACGUGAAGGUACCACGACAAUACGCAGAUCUCCGCGACGUCUUCAGCGAAAGGGAAGCUGACCAACUACCACCGCAUAGAGCCUUUGACUGUCAAAUCAAUUUGCUCCCUGGGGCACAGCUCCCUGUGGGCAAGCUGUACGCCAUGUCAGACAGAGAGAUGCAGGAGCUAAGAGAGUUCAUUGACAAGAACCUGAAGAGAGGGUUCAUCAGAGAGUCCAGGGCGGUGGGGGCAGCCCAGUGUUUUUGUGGACAAAAAAACACGAACAAGCCGAGACUGGUGUGUGACUUCAGGGCCUUAAAUGCAGUGUCAGAACCAGUGGCCUUCCCGAUGCCCAGGAUUGACGACAUUUUGACAAGGGUGCGAAAGGGAAAGAUUUUCACCAAGCUGGAUCUAAGGGGGGGCGUACAACCUGAUACGAAUAAGGAGGGGGAUGAAUGGAAAACCACCAUGUUCACCCCUUUAGGGGCAUUUGAAUACUUAGUUAUGCCCUUCGGUCUACAAGCAGGCUCCGCAACAUUUCAAUCGUUUAUGAACCACGUCCUGGGGCCGUUGCUUUACAAGAAUUGUGUGGCCUUCUUAGACGACGUGUUGGUGUAUUCUGAGAAUGAGGAGCAGCAUGUGAGAGACGUCAGAGAAGUGUUGAGCAGGCUGCAAGCCAACCAGCUGUGGGUGAAACUGGAGAAGUGUCAGUUUCAUACCAAGGAGGUGGAAUUCCUGGGGUAUCGCCUGUCUGACAAGGGGUUGGCCAUGGAUCCCGGCAAGGUCCAGGCGGUACUGGAAUGGAAAACACCCAAAACAAGGAAGGAUGUGCAGAGGUUUUUAGGGUUUGGGAACUUCUAUCGUAAGUUCAUCCCAAACUUUGCCCACCUGACGGCGCCCAUUACGGACUGUCUCAGCAGUAAGAAGAAGUUCGUUUGGACGGAGGAGGCGGAGCAAGCAUUUGAGGAACUAAAAGGGCCUUCGCCUCGGAACAACAGCUCCUGCAUGUGGAUUUACAAAAACCGAUGAGAGUGGAAACUGACGCAUCAGACAGAGCGGUUGGGGCGGUGCUUCUCCAGCCAGGGAAGGAGGAGUCAGAGUGGAGACCGUGUGCUUUUUUCGCGAAAGCUGAACAAAUCCGAGAGGAACUACACGGUGUAUGACCGAGAACUACUAGCCAUUCAUGAGGCGUUCCGGAGAUGGAGGCACCUGCUAAUUGGCGCACAACAUAAGGUGCAAGUGUGCACUGACCACAAGAACCUAGAGUAUUGGAGGACGGCACGAGUGCUCAACCAACGGCAAGUGAGAUGGGCCCAGGAAUUCUCCAAAUUUAACUUUGAGAUUUGUUACGUGCCAGGCCCAGAGAACAUUAGGGCGGACGCUCUCUCACGCAAACCUGAAUAUUGGGAGGGGGAGGGAGCACCCGAAGAGAGACAUGUCAUUCCAGAGGACCGCUGGGUGUGUGGGGGCGGCAUUGGUGGGACAAAGAGAACUGGUAGAAGAAACAGAGAAUGAUGAAUACGCCCAGAAUAAGCUCAGAGGUCUUAGGGAGAGGAAUCAAGGGGUUUCGAGGAAAGAAAUGGAGCUUUGUAUUACAAAGGGGCACUGUAUAUCCCUGAAGGAGACUUAAGGGGAGGGUACUCAAGCAGUUGCAUGACAGCCCCACGGCGGGGCAUUUUGGGCAACACAAAACCAUGUGGUUGGUCACCAGGGAAUUUUGGUGGCCUAAGGUGAGGGAGGAUGUACGUGAGUAUGUAAGAGGGUGCGAGCAGUGCCAGCGAGCCAAAGGGGAAAGGCGGGCGCCGGCGGGGCUCUUAGAACCCUUACCAACACCAGAACGACCUUGGGAGGCAGUGUCGAUAGAUUUUAUGACUGAUCUGCCGAAGUCCUAAGGAAAACAGCCAUCAUGGUGGUGGUAGACCUACUAACAAAGAUGUGCCACUUUGUAGCUUGCUCGCAUGCAGUCACGGCGGAAGAGACAGCGAAGUUAUUUGUAGAACACAUUUUUAGGUUGCACGGGGUGCCAUUGAGGGUGGUCUCAGACCGAGGAAAACAAUUUACUUCCAGGUUCUGGAGGAAGCUCAUGAGCUUACUGCAGGUGGAGGUCAACUUUUCGACUGCCCGGCACCCUGAAACCAACGGGCAGGCGGAAAGAGCAAACGGUGUCCUCCAGCAAUACCUGAGGUGUUAUGUCAAUGACAGAGAGAAUGACUGGGUAGAAAAGUUGGCGCUGGCGGAAUUUGCCUACAACAAUGCCGAGAAUGUGUCCACAGGGAUGAGCCCCUUCUUGGCUAAUUAUGGGUGUCAUCCCAGGGCUUUCCCAGGGGAGAAGGGGAGAGAUGGAGCGUACCGGCAGCCGAGCAUUUUGUAGAAGAAAUGGAAGCAAUCCACCGUCAGCUCCAACUCAACUUAGAAAGGGCGAAGGAAGAAUACAAGAGGCAGGCAGACAAGAACCGAAGGGAAGGUGAAACCAUAAGGGUUGGAGAUAGGGUGUGGCUGUCAACCCGAGGGUUGCCGUUCAAAGGAGGUUGUAAGAAAUUACGACCCAGGAGGUUGGGUCCCUUUGAGGUCAUUCAACAGGUCAACCCAGUGGCUUUCAGGCUCCGGUUACCCAACCACAUGAAACUGCACCCAGUAUUUCACAGGUCGUUACUGUCACCGUACUAUUGGGGACGAGAAGGGAUGGACACUCGGGGACCGGUCAUAGAAGAAAGAGAAUGCAGCAGUCAUGUGGCAGAAAUCCUUGAUGCCAGGUGGAAGGGGAAUCAGGUGGAGUAUUUGGUAGCGUGGGAAGGAGAACCGGAGUCAGAAAACACGUGGGUAAUGGCCAAAGAUAUCAAUGACGAGGUAUUGAUAGAAAUGUUCCAUCAAAGGUUCCCGCGGAAACCUCAGCCUGUGGAGAGGUUCCGGAGGGAAUACUUUGGGACCACUGAGGAGGAGGAGGAGUUGGAAGGAUUCCCAGAAUCGGAAGGGGAAGGGAGAUGGACUCGGAGGAGGAGGAGUGCUUCGAGACCAGGAACCGCAACAGGUGGAGAGAAGUGUUCGAGACAUCGGAAGAUGAAGGAAGUUCAUUCCGGGGUUUUGCCUCCUCACCGCCCGUAGAGCAGGGCGCGAGAGGGCGUGAAAGCGGCCCAGGAGCCGAGGUGGAUGUCAGGGAACUGCCAUCGGAAGGAAGGGAGGUGAAGGGACUCAGACAGGUUGGAAGAGAUUCAGCAGCUGAAGAGGGAACCAGCAAGGGAGAGAAGCUGAACUGAGGGAGGUGAAAGGGCUCAGACAGGUUGGAAGAGACUCAGCAGCGGAAGAGAAACCAGCAGGGGAGACAAGCUGAACUGAGGGAAAGGGAGCUGGGGGAUGGCUCAGAGAUACUUCCAGCGAAAACAGUGGUGAGGUUUCCGGACCUCCUGUAGCGACACCCACUCCUCGCCGGAAACUGUCACGCAGAGAGUCCAGAAGACGUGUUUCCGUUAAGGAGCUUUUAUGUUGGAAGCGAUUACGAAAGCAACCACUGUCGGAAUCUUCUAGUGACUAAGAGGAGCCAUGUCAGAGGGGCUCAGUCACAGACAGAGGUUUGUGGACUUGAACAAACUCUGAGGGAAUACGAUUUUACGCACAAGCAGCUCAUAAUCCCAUCACAAUAUGCAUCAUUGGUUUUUAUCCUAAUUUAUUAGUGAUUAACGAAUGUUGUCUCUGGGGUUGUUCACAUGUCACCCCCCAAUUUCAGGCUUGUGGACUCCAUGCUCCCGAUCUUCCAUCCUUCCCUCCCUUGUGUUCAUAGUUAUCUGAGUUUGAGUGAGAUAUGGCAACUUAUCCUUUGCGCCAACUAGGAUCAGAAGUCAAGCUAUGAUUUUGCAUUACACUUGAACAGCCUCUCUUUUUAUCCAGAGAAAUGAGGUGGUGGAUAGAAUUGCCUUUUAUGUAUUAACAGUCCUUCUCCUUUCCCUCUUUUUCAGUAUGUUGUGGUCAGCAGCAGAAAGAUUUUGUUCUAUAAUGACGAACAGGACAGAGAACAUUCUAAUCCAUCCAUGGUAUUAGAUAUAGAGUACGUACUUCUAAUAUCAGUUUGAGAUAACAGAAGGGUUUUUUCUAAUUUAAAAGGUUUAAUUUUUAUGAAUCUUUAGAUACAGAGAUACAUUUUAGUUUGUGUCAGACUGGAUAGGCUCAACUAUUCAGAAGAAUGGUUCACUUGAGCACAUUGAAUCCUUUAGUGAAUAGAGUGGCUCCAUCAUUUCUUCAACUUUUAUAUGUUCACAUGUCACACCAGAUUUUCCUGCAGUAAAUAUGUAUGUGUGAACAUCAGAUGAUCGCCCAUUAACACCACUGGAUACACUUCUAUGAUCCCUGAUUCAGCUGCAUCUUCCUGUUACAUAUACUCUGUUACAUAUACACACACUUCUCAAUAAUUCUUUAUUUUUUAGGAAAGGCAGUAACGUUAUGUACUUGUAGCAAAAUGGAUAUUGAUGUUAAACAGUAGGGAAAUUAAUUUUGAUCUGCUUAGUUGUGAUAUGAUUAUUAAAACAGUGCAAUGUUUAUUUGAUUUCAGAAAAUUGUUCCAUGUGCGACCAGUAACACAGGGAGAUGUCUAUAGAGCGGAAACUGAGGAAAUUCCUAAAAUAUUCCAGGUAACAACAACUGUCAUAUAUUGAUUUGAACAUAGUUUCUUUAAAAAACUUUGUCACCUUUGAAGAAAAAUGUAUGAAAUACUACUAUAUGCCUUUCUUGUUCUGCUCAGAUUCUAUAUGCCAAUGAGGGCGAGUGCCGAAAAGAUUUGGAAGCAGAACCAGUUCAGCCACCAGAGAAGACAACCUUUCUGAAUCAUAAAGGUCAUGAAUUCAUCCCAACAUUAUACCACUUUCCAGCCAACUGUGAGGCUUGUGCCAAGCCCCUCUGGCAUGUAUUUAAGCCACCACCUGCAGUAGAAUGUAGGCGAUGCCAUGUUAAGUGCCACAGAGAUCACUUGGAUAAAAAGGAAGAAUUAAUUGCACCAUGUAAAGGUAAGGUGACUAUAUUUAUAUUUGAAUUCAGUGCAGUUCUAUCACAGGGGCAAUCCAAACUAGGUUGAUUAAAUUAUGGGUUGUAUCUGGUGCUCUUCAUGUGUAAUUCCACUGGCUGAAUGGGACUUUCAUUUUUUCUCCUCUUCUUGUGCCCCCACCCUCAAAUCUGUUCUGGAGGGUCCCCCAAACCCCCACAGCUGAUUUUGAGGACAUCCAAGUGCUUGUGUUUAUAUGUAGUUUUAUUAAAAGUAAUUUGAAAAUAUAUUGAAAUAUGCUGAGUGACUGUGUAACUUUUAAAUCAGUAAUCUGUUUUAAAUUGAUUAACCAAUUAAGCAACUAUGUAAAGGUAAAGGGACCCCUGACUGUUAAGUCCAGUCGCGGGUGACUCUGGGGUCAUGUGGCCAGCAUGACUAAGCCGCUUCUGGCGAACCAGAGCAACACACGGAAACGCCGUUUACCUUCCCGCCGGAGCGGUACCUAUUUAUCCACUUGUACUUUGACGUGCUUUCGAAGUGCUAAGUUGGCAGGAGCAGGGACCGAACAAUGGGAGCUCACCCUGUUGCAGGGAUUCGAACCGCGACCUUCUGAUCGGCAAGCCCUAGGCUCUGUGGUUUAGACCACAGGGCCACCCGCGUCCCUAAGCAACUAAGUAGUGCAGUUUUAAUUUUGAAAUAUCUGAAUUUCUUUGCUGUUUAAUUUAAUUUUGAAAUAUCUGAAUUUCUUUGCUGUAAAGUAUAUAUCUAAGUCGGACGCGGGUGGCGCUGUGGGUAAAACCUCAGCGCCUAGGACUUGCCGAUCGCAUGGUCGGCGGUUCGAAUCCCCGCGGCGGGGUGAGCUCCUGUCUUUCGGUCCCAGCUCCUGCCCACCUAGCAGUUCAAAAGCACCCUUAAAGUGCAAGUAGAUAAAUAGGUACCGCUUUAUAGCGGGAAGGUAAACGGUGUUCCGUGUGCUGCUCUGGUGCAGGCUCGCCAGAGCAGCGACGUCACACUGGCCACGUGACCCGGAGGUGUCUGCGGACGGCGCCAGCUCCCGGCCUCUAGAGUGAGAUGAGCGCACAACCCUAGAGUCUGACAAGACUGGCCCGUACGGGCAGGGGUACCUUUACCUUUUUAUAUAUCUAAGUGCUACCAACCAUAAUACAUUAUUUUAAAAUCAUAUAAUUGUAGAGUUGGAACGAACCCUGAGGAUCAUCUAGUCCAACCCCCUUGCAAUGCAGGAAUCUCAACUAAAAUAUCCAUGACAAAUCACCACCCAAUGUCUUAUUAAAAAUCUCCAGUGAAUGAGAGGUGUUUGUUCAAUACUUUCAUUAGUCAACCAGUGGUGAUAAUGUUUAUGUUAUUAUAUUUUGGUUUUAUUUAACAGUAUUAUUUUUUUCUCAUUAAUAGUGAGUUAUGAUGUAACUUCAGCAAGAGAUAUGUUGUUGUUAGCCCCCUGUCAAGAAGAUCAAAAGAAAUGGGUUUCUCAUUUAGUAAAGAAGAUCCCCAAGACACCACCAUCCAGUUUUGUUCGUGCUUCCCCCAGAACUCUUUCCACAAGGUCCUCAGCAAAUCAGUCAUUCAGAAAAGUUAAGAAUGCAUCUGGAAAAGCUAGGUGAGAUGUGAAUGGACUAAUUUUUUAUUUUUUUAUUUUUGUAAGAAGGAGGGUCGUCUGCAUAUGAAAUAACUGACCUAUCCAAAGGUUACUGUGUUGACUAGAUUCACCUCUUACAAAUCUGAUUAAAUCUGGUUCCUAGUUAAGGGCAUUUACUAACUGGAGAUAUUGUCUUUUUAAAUGCAGCAAAUCUUACUUUAUUUUCGUUUAACAAGCAGCAGGAAUUCAUAUUGAUGUAAAAUGAUUUAUUGAAGUCACUGGAAAAUCCUAAUGCAUUUUGAGCAAAUUGUUCUACAAUGGAAUUUAAUUUUUAAAAUAAACAUUCAGUUUGUGAACAUAACAUACUUAUAAUUUUUAUAUUUGUAAAUAUUAAUAUAAAAAAUUCAACGCACUAAAACAAUUUUAAGUCUUUAAAAUAGACAUAACAAAUCUACCUUACCCUUCCAUCUAUGCCUUUCUAGCUGAUUGUAACUUGCUUUCAUAUCAACAAAGGAACUGGUGGAGGUUGGGGAGGUUCAGAGUCUUAUAUAAACAUCUGUUUUUCAGUAUAAUCAACUGGAAUUCUUCAUGUACCUAUGGUGAUGUUUUUACACAAACUUCUCUUAAAAAGAGGAAUGCACAUGGUAGUAGUACCCUUAAAAUGCAUUGCUACUUGUUUCACCAGGUUUUUGCUUUAUUGUUGCCUUAUAUUUUGCCUUGUAUUUGGUUACUAAUGGAAGUUUGAUCUUCAGUAUUAUAUAACUCUGUGCUCCUCUUUGCUGCAUUAUUCCACAUUCUGGUCAAAGUUCUCAGCAAAGUAUCCUGAUAAUAAGUCAUAUCAUUGAUGUUGGUAAAUAUUCCUCCAUGUAAUCCUUAAUACACUGUGUUUUAUUUCUAGCAUGCACAAGCCAUUUAUUUAGCCCUUUGUGUGAAAGUGCUUUCCAAUCUUUAAUACUUUGCUCUUUUUUAUGUCAAAAAAAUAUUUUAUGUAGAUUUUUAAAACUGUAAGUACAUGCUUAAAAUGGUAUUACACUGAAGAAGGCAACACAUUUAAAUGGGGAUAAUAUUGGGGAUGUGCACUGACCAGAGGAUUUGUUCAGACCCUGAUUCGGAAAAGAGCUCUAAAUUGGGCAGAAUUUGAUAAAGGUUUUAGGUGUGCAUGCCUAAAAUCCUUUGGCAGAAACAAUCCUGCAAAAUCUUGUGAGGAUAACUGCAGUGGUUUUCCUACAGGAGGAAUCAUUACAUUUUUGAGGUGGUGUAAGAAAGCGAUCACAUUAGUCUUCCUUACUGUGGUGGACACCCAGGGGUGUAUUUAUCAAUCCUUUAGAGUUGAUUUUGGAGUGGGGGUAGGGACUACAGGGGAUUUCCUUUCCUCCCUGUGGUUUUGUUUGUGGGCACUACUUCAGUGCUCAUAGGUGAUACUGCACACAGAGCUGUAAGCAAAAUGCUUUGUUUACUUGUGCCUGCCCAGUAUGCUGGGAUACUGUAUUUUCCCCACCCCAAGCCCUCCAUUGUUGCCUCCUAAGCCGCUAUUGUGUAUCUUCUUCCAGCAAGAGGAACGGGAGCUGUCUGGUGUAAUGCCCUUGAAACUUGCCCCCAUUUCAGCUUUUUUUUAACGCAGAUGGCAUAGCUGGGAUCCACCAUCAUCUCAAAAUUAUCCCAGAUUAUGCUCUGCUACUUUCUCCUUUUUAUGGUUCUGCCAGCCUUGGAGAGGGUGGGGGAGAAUUUGCAUCUGCUGUGUAUGUUGUCACUGCUCCUGCCUGCAAAAGUUUCAGCUUCGUGGGAGAAUAAUUUUUCUAGGCAGCACUGCCUCUACCCCAGUGGGAAUCACCAUGUGGUUUUCUGCCAGCACCAAGUACGGGCCUUCUGAUCAGACAUGUAAGGGUGUGGCUGUGUUAAAUGUGUCUAUUGUUCUGCUGCUUUGCUACCUAUAACCUUUAGCCCAGUACAGUGGUGCCUCGCAAGACGAAAUUAAUCCGUUCCGCGAGUCUCUUCGUCUUGCGGUUUUUUCGUCUUGCGAAGCACGGCUAUUAGCGGCUUAGCGGCUAUUAACGGCUUAGCGGCAAUUAGCGGCUUUAAGAAAAAGGAAACAAACUCGCAAGAACUCGCAAGCAAGCCCAUAGGGAAAUUCGUCUUGCGGAACGACUCAAAAAACACAAAACCCUUUCGUCUAGCGAGUUUUUCGUCUUGCGAGGCAUUCGUCUUGCGGGGCACCACUGUAACACACAACAGUAUGUAUGUAGAAAAGAAGCACAUAAAAAUGGAAAACACAGAGUGAAUUGAAUCCGACUAACUCAUUAAAUCCAUUGAAAUAAAUGGACAUGAAUGAUGUAAAUCCAUUUAUUUGAAUGAAUUGGUUGGAUAUGGCUUGUGGUGAUACAGUGUGUGCUUCUGGAAAUCACUAGUACGUAUGAUGAAAACAGGCUCAAAAGGACAGGAAGCAACCAUUAACAAAUAUGGAAAAACAGGGAAAAUCACUUGAGGAUGGGCACAUACGGGGGUGGGGGGGAGAGAGGUACUUAAAUUAAAUUAAUGUGACUUAAAAGGAACUGCUUUUCUCAUCUUCUGAGUGACUGAAAGUGUUCAAGUGGGUUUGGCUCCCCCUACUGCUCAAAGGCAGGGAACACUGAACUUUAGAGGAAGUAGAUGGUUUUCUCCUUAGGCUUCAGUUUGCUUCAUGUGCAAGCUUAAAAAAAAAAUCACACACAAAUUAUACAAUAACAAACCACUGCGCCAGAAAAAGGUCACUAACUGAGUACACAGCAGAGCAUAAGACCAACCUUAGGAACAAAGAAACCUAGUAUGGCAGUUGAAAAAAAUUUUUUUAAAAGGGAAUGGCACCUUGAAAACUUUAGAUCAUCCAAGGACAAAUACCUUUCAGGUGAGAACAAUGGUUCCUUCUCCCUUGGGUAUUUAAGGUCUUCAAGUAGGAUGUUGCUGUUCAUGCCCUUUGACCACAAGGUGGCACUAAACUCUCAGACCUGCCAUUCAGGCAGGAACCAGGAAUUCUCUCUCUCAUUCCAUCUCUUUUAUCUUUGUGUUACAGCAGCUUUGCUUCAUGAGUGCCGUAUGCAGGCAUUAAGUUGUGAUUGUUGUAACUCAUCUGCUCAUUUUGCCGCCUAAACCUUAGAAAUCAUAUGAUCUCAGUUAAGUUUAAUUAUGAGUUUCAAUGUUAACUUUUUCAUUUAAGUUUCAAGCCAUCUUUCUUCUUGGACCAAAUAUGUUCACCCUGCUCAUUCGUUUUCCUCAUUUCUGACACUUUCUUAUAUACAUCUUCAUUUGUGCUUCCCUACAUUAUACUAGAGGUUUUGUAUUCUUUAGCUAAGCUCCCGUAUGUGGGUGGCAUGCCUGGGAGCAUGUAUGAUUUAUAUAUGAUUACAUUAAUGCUGAAAAAUAUAGCUCUAUUUCAAUAUAAAAUAUAUCAUAGAAGAUACGUUUUCUGAUUUCUGGGAGAGAACAAACAAGAAAGAUGUGAUUUGGAAGCAAAAAUAUAUCAGCUAAAUAUACUGCUGAGUCAACCACUGGAGUAUAUAAACAUAGAUGCUAAGUUGUGCCAGGAUCAAUGCUGGCAUUCUGUAUAAUUUUUGCAUAUUCAUUCUAGUUUUACAUCUUUUCUUCAUUAUGUAUCCUGAAUACUGAUCUUCAUCUUUCUCUGUGUACCUGUGAGUGCAUAUAUGUCUUAUAUACAUCAUUUAGCCAGAUAAAGAGCUACGUAGCUUCACUUUGUCAAUUCAUAUUCAUAGCUGUUUCUCCCUUACCACCAUUGUCUUUGGAGGAAAUUCGGAAUGUUGAUUCAUUUUAGCUAGAGAACUUUGUGUUGUCCUCACCAUUUCUUUAUAAGUAUUUCUUGUCCUAUUUCACUGGGAUUCACAGUCUUUCUAGUCAUGGACAAGGGUCUUCAAGCAUGAAAUCAUCUGGCACUGACCCUAGUGAUACGCCUAGCUUGCUUGUUUCAUCUCUUAACUCUGAUUGCUAUUAAACUAGCUUUAACUGUAGUAGAAAUUAUCAGAAAGGACAGAAAUAUAAUUGGAAGUUUAGAGACCAUUUUCAUAUUUUCCCAUUCGGUUAGGUUGGUAUUUAUCAACAUCCAUUCAGACAACUUGAAACAUUCAGAAAAUCACUAGUAGAAGAAAUUGAACAGAAAUGCUCUGAUCUUGCUCCACGAGCACUUCAAUAUUGCUGAAGUCAGCAAGAUAGAUUUAAAUGCAUAUUUGUUUGGAACUAGGGACUAAGAUACACAAGUACUGGAUGGAAAUAGGAGGCUGUGUAUUAAUUUUAAAAAUAAGAUCUCUAAAACAUUUUUCUUGCUGGUUGCUCCUAUUGAACAUCCCAGAAUAUACUAGGCUGUGGAUGGGGUUUAUUUUAUUAGCGUUGGUGUUAUGAUGCUUCUGGUUGUACAAUUUUGUUGUGGCUGCCUGAAGUUUAGGCUAUCUUGAGCAUUUUGAGAGCAGGGGAAGAAAUAAAUACAUGUUUAGAGCUAGUUAAUACAUUUUAGUUUUGUAAAAUUAAUUUCAUUCCUCCUGGAGCUAUUUUAAUAUCUGUUUAUUUCCUUGUCGGUGAUUUUUAUUUUCUGAUGGAUAUUUCAUUCAUUCUUUCAUUUAUUUAGCAUGAUGUUAUAAUUUGUUUAUAAAUACUAAAUAUGUGAACAGUAAGAAAAGAUACACUGUAUAUCAUUUAUCAGAAAUGCAUAUAUUUAAAUAGAAGUUAUGCAGUGAACAGUUGACUCAGACAGAAAAUAAUAUCUUUCUUCAAAAACAACCAUGAUCUGUAGUUUUAGAAAUGCCAGUUCUUUUAAAGAUUUUCUUUUAUUGCAAAGUAAUUUGACUAUACUUUUUGAGCCUUCAUCUGUGAAUUUCAUUGCUUCGGUCCUGAACAUUUAGAAAUUAGAGUCUCUUUAAUCCUUAAUUGAGAGGCAUAAAAUUUCCAUUUAAGUAGAAAAAAGGGGAAUUUUCUUCUUGUUAAAGCAAUUCAUUUCCCCCCCUCUUUCUUUCCACUGUUUUAUUAGAAACUUCGGUCUAGGUCUUCCCUUUUAUUUGCUAUUAGCAUUCAGAUCACUUCUCCUAGAGCUCCAUUUUUCGUAUAGAGUGCACAGUGAGCCCUCAGCGCAUCGAAAUAGUCGUGAAAUGUUCAUUUCUAAAUUUCAAUAGGUCAAAGGAGUAUGGAUCUGUGGGGGACAUUACCCAUUCAGAAAACUCAAGUUACUGGUGAGUAGCCUUUGCUUUUGAACCCACUGCUACUUGUCAUGUGACAGUAGUAAGAAAGCAGAAUUGCUUUCUUCUAGUAAUGAAGAAGGAGCUUUCUUAGAAUGAGAAAACUAUAUUAUUUCUCAGAUUGUCAUUUUGGAGAUGUCUGUGGCUUUCUUUCUUUGAUCUUGGAUAUCAUUUGCUUGGAUUCUUUGUCAGCUCUGUGCUUUCUGGUCUUGAUACUGUUGGUAACAAAACAGUAUGCAUAUCCUCAUAACACAAUUAUGUUGUGUAGAAUAUGCCAUGGUGGUGGAAUCCAUUCUUGGAAUAAGGACAUUUCCCUCAUGUGCUCUCUAACACUUCUCUAUUCUGAUGGUGAAGGUGUACACUUUAUUAUCCACAACAGCCUAAUUUGAGAAAAGUCUGUGUUAACUUUGGACAGUGUUAAAUAUAUUCAUUUCCUAGGUAACAAAAAAAAAUCUUCAAAACAAGGGAUUGGUGAAAAUAUUCUCAUUUGAUGGCAGUUUCACAAGAUUUCUUUUAAUUUUACUGCCCUAAUAUAUUUCCUAGAGAGAACAAGUAAAAAGUAUAUUCUGCUGCAUCUUUCUUUAUUAUUUGUUAGUCUAAUUUAGCCUGCUUUUCUUAAGGAAGCCCAGAGCAACUUACAUGGGGUUCCUAAGCAUUCUCCCAUCCAAGUACUAGACUUGUGCAUCUUUAUCAAUAUUUUAUAACCAUAGAUGUCCUUGACAAAUUUCACAUUCUUGAUGUUAAGUAAGUUUGCAUUAUAACUACUGCUCUACAAAUCAGGCCAUCCCCAAUUCAAAUCCUAUCCCAGUAGCAACAGAGGUAAUUCAGUUGGUAGGGGAUGAGACUCUUAAUCUCAGAGCCCUACAUUGGGCAAAAGAUUCCCGCAUUGCAGGGUUUGGACUAAAUGGCCCUUGUGGCCCCUUCCAACUCUACAAUUCUAUGGUUCUAUGGAUCUUCCAUGAAUUCACUAGGUGGCCUGAAGCAAGAUACUCUUGAGUCUUAUUGCAGGGCUGUUGUAAGGAUUAGAAAUGAUAAGUAAGCAGGUGUUGUAACUCUUCCAACGGUUUGGCUUCAACCCCAAAGGCGCACUCCUCCAUUGUCUCCUGAUAAGACAGAUGCCAACAACCAGCAAAAUUAUAAGUAUUGUUACUUGCCUUCUGCUAGCUGGGUUAUGGCUUCUGGUCAAGGCAGGAACAAAAGCUUUGGAAAUAGGCUUUUGCUGCCAUGACUCUAUACUCGUUUGUUUCCUGCCUUCCUCGAGUUCAGUACGGUUUGUUGUUGCUCCCGCUUAUCCUUCUCAGGCUAGUGUCUGUUUCCCCCCUUCUUACUGCCCUUUCCCAUCAGCCUUUGUUUUCCAAGAUCUCUCCCUCUCUCCCAUCAGCUUUGUUUCUGGUGGCUUAACAUCUAUGAAGCUGCUGUGGUCAUCAGGGGAUUUGGAACGAAGUGUCUCUUUUUCUGUAACAUCUGAAUCAGGAGUGACUGUAGAGGCUCUGGACCGCUGUUUGGGUGCAAUGGGGGACUGGAUGAGGGCCAAUAAUAAUGUGUGAGAGUGGUUUCUGUGUCUGGGUUUCCUUUUCUGGAUGGGAUUGCACUUCUGAAGGAACAGGUAUGUAGUUUGGGGGUACUCCUGGAUCUUUCUGUGUUACUUGAGGCACAGGUGGCUUCAAUGGUAAGACAGAUGGACCUGUUUCCAGACCUAGAUAGCUUGACAGCUGUGAUCUUGGCAUUGGUAAUUUCAGAUUAUUGGAAUGUGCUCUGAUGUUUCUCUUGGGCUUAGUCUGGAAGCUGUAACUAGUGAAUGCAGCAACUAGGUUGUUGACUGGGGCACACCACCAACACAAUAGAACAUAUUUGCUGAGGGAGAUGCACUGGCUGCCAGUAUCCUAUAAACUGAAGUUCCAAGGUUUUGCUUUUAGUAUUUAAAGCCCUAAACAGCGUGGGACCAGAUUACUUAAGGGACUGCCUUGCCCUAUAUAUCCCUGCCUGGUAACUGGGUUCCUCAAAUGGAGCACUCCUGAGAAUACUGCAUGCCCCAGAAAUGUGCGUAGUGUGUACCAAGAACUGGGCUUUUGGUGUUGCAGCUCUAGCCCUCUGUAAUGAGUUACAAACAGAAAUUAGACAAGCACCUACCACCUUGAUAUCUAUUCAUAUAUUUUGAUUUAACAAGGCUUUCCUUGAAGUGUGACCCAGUCAGUUUAUGGAAUAUUGAUUGUAUAAUUGUAGAAAUGGUUUAAAUUGCUUUUAGUUUACCAAUACCGUAUGUUCUGUUUUAUCUUACUGUACACCAUUUUGGUAGCUUUUCAUUUUGAAGCAGGAUAGAAAUGCUAUUUAAAAAAAACCCCAAAACAAACUUUGAUCCUAGAUUAGGUACAGCUCUGUGAGUUGUACUAAUGAAUAAAGCAUAUAUAAAUAUAUCCAGGAUUCUGUAUUAUUUCAUUUAUGUUGUGAUAUUACCAGAAAUACUAAUUAUAUUUUAAUAUCUGAAUCUACGGAGUGUAUAGUGAGGUUUCGGCAUAAUUCUUUACAUUCAGAUAAGUGAAUCUUCACAUAGCAAGUAGGUGGAUAGUGGGACCUGUGUGUGGUUUGCAAUUGAUAGCAAAAUUUACAUUUUUACCAUCAUACCGUGGGAAUCUGCUGCCAGUUGCAGCUUCUCAACACAAAUACACACAGUAAAAAAACCAAAAACAUAAACCCCCCCAAAAUGUUCAGUAUGUACAUAGGAAAAUCUCCGCUAAUGUUCCAUUGUAUGCAGAAUAUCAAAUGUAACACUCCUCUAACAUGCCUCUGGUACAUUAACUCCUGAACAAUAUUUUAAAUAUUGUUGACCUGUUAAACUAAACGACAUAAUGAAAAAUGAGGCAAUUCUAAUGGUGUCUUUUUCUUUUUUUCUUUCCAGUUAACAAUAUAUGCCGCACUCCAUGGAAUCUGGCUGAGUCUGAGAAACCUGUUCUUUUUUCCACCAUACAGGGCAGUGCAGACUGGUUGUUUGUUACAAUGCAAUUAUCACAGGCUUCAGGGCUAAGACUGCUAUUACUCUCUCCUCCUUGCUUUGGCACAAAAAGCACGCUGAGGGUGUCUUAUUGCGGGUUUGCCUUAAGGUAGAUUAGAUUAAUUAUUACUAUGUAAUGCAAGUAAAAGCAAAUAAAGCUUAGCUAGAAAUAAGUUUAAACUGCUGCCUUUUUGGAUUUCUAAAAAAUAAAACCGCCAGCUAAUCAUGAUGGAAUGCAGUGAGCUUUUCUUGUAUCAAUGAGAAUAAGAGGACUAUUUACCCUGUGGGAAGGAUAUUUAUAUCAAGAUAAGCACACAAAUAUGAGUAUAGAAAGAAGGUAUCUCAAACUGAGAAGGACUGAAUUUUCUUUGAAGACUCGAAGUUGUGCAGAAAACAGCAAAAUUUGCUUGAAAACAAAUAUAAUCACUUGUGCCUUUUCUGCAUUGUUGUUAAUGCUAAUAAUUCAUCAUGACAGCUCAAGGUGUUAAAUAUUUUGCUUUACAAAAUACUGAUUCUGCAUAUUUGUAAAGGGGGAGAAAAUGAGUAAUUGCAUGUAAUCUAUGCAUUGUUGCCAAGCCAUACAGAAUUUUACUUCUAGAGGCAUUAGAAACUAAGUUAAAACAACCAAGUUUGGAAGCAUAUUUUGGUACAUAUUUUUUUCUAUAAUUUGUAUAACAUAUUGCAUUAACAAUUUGAAGUGCUAAUUAUAGCAAAUACACACACCCCACAAAAUGUAUGCACUGUUUGAAAUGUAAAUUAUUGUUAGAACACUUUUAAUGGAUGUUGCCCUUUUAGUGCCUUAAUCUGUUUUACUGCCAUGUCAAAUAAGUGUAGAAAUCUCAAAUACCUAUUAUGUGUCAGUGGUUUUAUUGAUCAAAGUAUUGUAGAAGCUAGUUCCAUUUUCAUGUGUACAAUUUUAAAUGAAAUUGCCUGUUACCAAGAGAGAUUUUAAUCAUAAAUACAAAAAGUAACAAAUGCUUGUACCACGAAUUUGAAACACCUAGAACACUUUAAAAUUCCAGAUAAUACAGGAAUUGAGUACAUUUUAAGCUCUUGCUUUGUAGCAGGAAUAUUAUUGUGGUAUGAACAGUAUGGCUUAUUUUAUUUUUUAACCAAAUACCUCUUCAGUAACUUAUAACAGCUUUGCAGUUGUGUAUUAAAUAAGAAGCACUGGAAAACUGAUUCGUCUACAUGACGAUUUGCAUGUUUAAAGUGGUAUUGAAAGCCACACUAAUAGAUAUGUAAUAAACAUAUCUGUUAUUACUAUGGUAAUGACUCGUGCUCAUUUAAUACAAAAUAAAACUAAUUUAUGGAAGAACUAUUUUGAAAAUGACUGUGGUAUUUUUCUCCAGAAUACACUUCUUAGGAAGUUUGGGAAAUUAUGAUGCUUUACAAACAGAUAACUGUCAACAUAUUUAAAUCUGAUACAAACUUGAUAAAUUUUUUAAAUUACAUUUUUAUAAUGUCAUACUACAUUUUAAUACAGGGUAAAGUAGAAAAAAAAUUCAUAGGACUUUGAAGAAUUUAUUUUGAUAUGUGAAUUGUUAAAUCCCAUUUAGUAAGCACAUAAUGACUUUCAUCAAAAGGAAAUUAUACCAGGUACACAGCUCUUAAAAGAGAAUAUUUACAUAUAUUUUAAUUUAUAAUUAAGUCAUGAUUAGUAGUAAAAACCUGUCAAGCUUAUUCUGCACUCUUUGGAAGUCAGUGAUACUGUGCUAUCCCUAAAAAGAAGUAGCAUGGACUCUUAAUUAGAUGAUGAGAUGGGGAUGGCCAGAGAAGACUGACAACAAAUUAAGAGUUGGGUUGUAGCAGGGGAGACCAUGAGGAAGGUCAGAAUUGUUCAGGAACAGAUUUUCUUAAAUCGGGCCUUGAGGAAGGAGAGAAAAAUGGUUUGAGGAAGGAAAAGGAAAGACGGAAUGGAGGGCAGCAUGGCAUAAGCUGCCAAAAGCAGCAACUGGGAGGGAGAGACAAAGGAGAGAAGGCAAUAGGUGAGCUUGUGACAGCCACAGAGUAAGAAUUGGUGUGAGAGGGAACAUGCAAGAAGAGGUGGAGCAGAGAGGUUGACCACUGUAAGUUCUUAAAACUGAACAGGGAAGCAACACUGGAAAUAAGUGGGGGCUGAUAUGGCCAAAGUGAAGAAAGGAUGAACCCACCUUAAGGAGAGGAAAAUGGAGAAAGGCCAGCAAGUGAUUUGGGCAGAUAGUGAUUUUGGUGCUUGCUUCCCCUGGUUCAAAAGGUGCGGGUUUUUUAUUCUGUUUUCUUGAUUAAAGUUGUAUAAUUGUACACUGUUUCCAUGAAGAUGGAUAGAAAAGAAAUGUUUAUUUACAGAUGGGUAUAAGCAUUACCUGUAAAUGUGCAAUUUACAGCCUUUUUGCCAGAUUAAAAAUUUUGGUAGAGGGGAUGAGGGGUGCCUAGGAGGGAGGAUAAGAGAGUACUCACAACCAUAUAUACAUAUGGUAGCUUAAUAGCAACAGAACUAACAUAGAAUUUGAUAGGAGAGGGAGAAGGGUUUUGAUGCAGAACAAUACUGAUCCUUGCUGAAAGCUAUGUGGUGACAUUUCAUGAGGGUUCACCUGUUACAUUCUGGAGAAUUAUGCCUAAGCCCCAAAUUUAGGGUGCCCAAUUGGUUUCAUCUCCAGGGCAUAUUGUUAUAUUCAGGAAUCAAUUCCUAUGGUGGGUAGGUGAAUCUGUUAAAAUAUUGAUUCCUGCCCAGUUCUGAAUUUGGUAUCAAGCCUCUCCACCACGCAAUGUCAUUAUAUUGUGAGUUAAUGUUCCGAUUUAAGUUAUGUAUUGUAUCAAGAUCUGAUAUAUUUUCUCAGUAUUGUUUGUUUUCACUGUGCUGUUUUGUUCUCUGGUGUUCCUCAACCCAUAUGUAUAUAUCUUCUACCUUAUCAGUCCACUUCAUGAAUCAUUUGGAGUAGCUGUUGCCUGUAAAACAUUAUGCUGCAAUAAACCAAUGAGUCUGUAAAAUGUCAUACAA